CAGAGGAGAUAACGAGAAUAACUGCAGGGGGGCUGAAUGCACCCUCUCCUCCUCCUCAUGAUCGUCAUUAUCAUCUCCACCACAACCAUCAUUAAAGUCAUUAUUCAGAGAAUUCAGACUUUUUCAAAAUCCAUUUGCACAAAAAUCAAAACCGCUGAAAAACAUUAAUGAUUUGUACUUUGACUCUUCAUCUCGAGAAACCUCUGUUUACUAAAAAAAUCCACUUUUACAACCAUGUAUGUGGUCUUUAAUGAAUUUCAGAGUGUCCGGGCCACCUUAGAGUUAAAUAAUAAUAAUAAUAAUAACAGUGUUGAGAUUUUCAGAUAAAAGUUAUUGAUAUCAGAAUAAAGUCAAAAUGUUACGCAAAUAAAAUAAAGAAAACUAACAAAUUAAAUAUUUACACAAUGAGGAUGAUAUUAAAGCGAUAUAUAAAUAUAUGUACACACACACACACACAUAUAUAUAUAUAUUAAAUGAGUGUUCUGUUACAAGAAUAAAGACUUGGUAAAGAGAAAAAAAGUUGUUAAGUCACAAGAGUAGACAUGCUACCAGAGUGAAGCUGUUUAAAAAGGAGAAUAAAACUGUUAUUUAACGAGUUUAAAGUUGUUUAUUAUGAGAAUAAAGUUGUUAUGUAGCAAAAAGAGUUAUUUUCUAGAGAAUAAGGUUGUCGUGUAAAGAGAAAAAAAAAUCGAAAUGUUAAAGGAAAAAAAAGUUUUACAUUCCGAGAGUAAAGUUACAAAAAUUAAGUUUUAAUGUUACAGGAAAAACAAAAAAAAGUUUUGUGACAAGAAUUUAUUCACUUUGUUACAAGAAUACAGUUGUUACAUUGGGAGAAUAAAGUCGUCAAUCUACGAGUGUCAAGUGGUUUUGUUAUGAGAAUAAAGUUGUUGUUUAUUUAUUAAUAAGAAACACAGUCAAAGAUACGAUAUUCCUCAAGUCGUCCCACAAAGGAGACUUGCAAAAAAAAACUAAAAGUAAAAAAAUAAAAUUUAAAUAAAUAAAUAAAGUAGGUUGUUUUGUUAAAAGUCUUCAUUUUGCAGGACUAAAGUCGACCAAGUAUCUUUGUCGCAAAAAGUAAGUUGUUUUAUCAGAUUAUUUUGUCAAUACUUAAUAUCUCUACUAAAAAAAUACAUGAAGUAAUGAGAAAAACAAACAAACAUUAGUUUUAGCUGUUGGCUAACUGAUUAUUCUAAAUUAUGCAUCAACACAGAUUUUCUCUAACAGUGCUUCUAGAGUUAUUAGAAUAAAGUUAAAUAAUGAUAAUAAGAGUGUUUAUUUUAAAAGACUAAAGUUACCAUGAUACAGGAUAAAGUCAUCAUUUCAGUCAAAGGUUAGUGUUAGAGCUGAUGUGAGUGAGGAACAGUCGAUUAACCACUUUGACAACUUCAUGAAUCUCAUGACAUUUCGACUUUAUUCUCAUACUGUUGUGACAGUAUUUUUUAUUAGCAUACAUUUUCUCAACUUGGCCCUAACCCUCCCUCGUAAUGAACUAACUCAUAUCUUAAUGUCUUCAUUUCAUGUUAAAUGUAGUCGUUAGCAUUUGAGGAAAUAUGUUAUCUUGAUUAUAUGAGCACAUUUGCGCAUUUUCAGGGAAAAAUAUGCGCGUAAAUGUUCGAGGAGUCGACAUGUCCUGCUGUCUCUCCUGGUCCCUCCCUGUUUUUUUUUUUUCUUUCUUUUCCUUUUUUUUUAUAACAUCCCUCCGUUAAUCUUGUUCACAAUUUCUAAAAAGAGUCAUCUGACUCCAGCACAUCAGUAUCCUCCGACCGUUCCUCACCCAACCUGCCCCCUCCUCCUAAACACCUCCUACUCUCUCUCUCUCUCUCUCUCUCUCUCUCUCUCUCUCUCUCUCUCUCUCUCUCUCUCUCUCUCUGUUCGGUUCUACGUCUCAGCCAACUGGGAGUGCGCUCGCUGCUGGAAUAAAUUAAAUUGCGGUGGUACGGUACAGGAGAGAGAGCGAGAGAGAGAAAGAGAGGGAGCGUACAGCGAAUGCCAUUCACACAUUUCCAUGCGCUGGGAGUCCGGGCACUGUCAGCAGCUCUCCGUGCGCCCUGCAUGCGCCCCGAGCGCGUCUCUCCCAUAAAGAGUAGAGAUGAGUUAGAGGACAGUGACAGACAGCUUCUUUGAGUUCCUGGACGUUUUUUGAAUGAUUGAAAAGAUAGUCUUCUGCGUAAAUUUCUCCCACCUGGAAGCUCUGACCCCGCACUCCUGAAUCACCGCGUCCUCUAUAGCGCGGCUCAUUCCGCUGGAUUGGACCUACAUACAGUUUCUUGUGUCUGCGCGUUGUUUUUUGGAAGCUCUCCGCUGGAAAUAUGCAGCUUUGAAAAAAAAAAGAGCAGAGGAGAGGAGUGCGCUCUGAGGAGGUUGGAUGUCAUUUUCUGUUUCGCUCAAGUUGUCCGGUCCCUAAUUGCACGUCUGUUUGCAUUUGUGGCGAUAAUAUUCAGCUAAGUCCUUUUUUUUCCAAUGCCGCCCUGUGUGUGCGCCGAGCCCAGACAAACUUCACGGUCCUAUCAGGGGAUUUUGCGAGGACUAAUUCCGACCAGCUACGGACUAGAAUACUUCCAGAAUAAGGUAAAAAGAAACUGUCAAGAUGAAACAAGAACGUGUUUUAUAAUAUCGAGGCUCUUCUGUGGCUUCUCUAACAUCCAAAUUUAACCAAAAUGCGUAAUUUCUGAGUAUUUCAUCCCUUGAUCAUUUGAUUCAUGGUCAUAUUCCAUCCAUCAGUCAAACUAUUGACUCCUCUGACCCAAUAAUUCUGAAACAGAGCACCUCCUUCAGUUCAUCUUCAUCCAUAUCACGCCCAAACCAUAAUUCCACCCUCUUUCCUCCCCUCUUUCUUCACCUCCUCUCCUCUCUCCUUCCUCCAGGACUUAUCCAGGGUGCAAAGAGAAUGAAGAGUCACCGGGGCAGGGGGAAGCAGCAUGAGUGGCCCGUGCAUCUCCAUUAGACUGACGGCCCUCAUGUUUCUAUGGAAGUGGUUAACACUAAGCCUGCUCCAGAGCUGGGUGUCAGAAAGGGCCUGGGCGGCGGACCCUGCCGGGGCCGGCUUCAGCGGCUCCUCCGGGCCCCUGGGCUGGCUCCUGUCGGACAAGGGUCCCUUUCACCACUCGCAGGAGUUUGUUGAUUUCAUAGAGCGCUACCAGCAGGGAUUCACCACCAAGUACAAGAUAUACAGGUGAGAAAGGAGGGGUCAGAGUUUGAAAUAUUCAGAUGAUGUGAUUUUUUGUGGCCUGGCUGGUGAGAAAACUUGCAUUUCUGAUUCUCUCCUAGAAAGUAAAGGCGAGAAAUCACACAUCCUUUCUCUGUCUUUAAGAAAAGAGUACAAAGGAUGCCGACUUAGUAGGUGGCACACUGUGGGAUGAAGCACUGAGACGAUUACUUACUUAGUGGAGUUUUGCAUACAAAUCAAAGCCCUCCGUGUGUUUUGUAUAGGCACAAGCUUCUUUGGGUGCAUCUGCCUGCUGCCUGCUUUCUGUGGGUAGCAGAGACAUAUGGUUGGAGUAUGAUACAGACCUUCUGAAUGCUUCAUAUCAGCAGGAACUCAAAGAGGAGAUACGGCAGGAGGGCUUGGGCACAGCAGCAGGACGUAACAGAUAUCUGACUGAGCUUGUUGAUGUGUGACAGUGGGUAGACAGGAAGGCUUUGGUAGUGUGUGGUGUGAUGUAUGGUGGGUGUGUGCUGAGAGACGGCAGACUGAGCUCGCAAUGAUAACAUUUUUCUUGACUUUUUCUGAGAAGGGAGAAAAAGGAAAAUGUGAGUUUUUUUCAAAAUGAAAUGGCUCAGUGUGAAUCCACAGGAUAUUAGGUAACUGUCAAUCAGAUACGCCGCUGGAAAUAGUGGACAAUAUGUGCUGUUGGAAAGUGGAGGUCUAAAAAAACAACAUUGAAUUAUAAAAUCUGAUCCAAGUCGAAAGACAGGAGGAUGUUUUCGACGUCUCACAUAACCACAAAAGUCCACGCAUCAUGAUAAGAGAGCAGUGUGUGUGAUUUUAAGAUGUGAAUACAAGUAGGGGAGACUGGGUUUGGUUGUAACUCUCAAGGGAAUAAGUGGCUCAAAGUCUUGUGUUGAAACGGUUAUCCCUUUCAAACAUAUUGUGGAUUUUAACAGCUAGUUAUUUACCAUCAAAAUCACCAUGACGCUCUAAAAACCAACCCUCUUAUUUUUUUUAACAAGUUUGAGCAGAAAAGUGCAAUUUUAAUUAUAUUUUUAAACCAAUUUUGUUUCCAACACUUAAAAAUAUAAAUUCUUUCUUUUGCUUCAAAUACCAAACUAGUUUUGUCAACAUUGUCUUUUGUAUUUUUUAUUUUAGUUGUCCUAAUUAAAGGUUCUGAUGAGUUUUCUGUAUGACACACAAAAACAAGCAAAGACCAUCCGUGACAAAAUUGACUAUUAAUAUAUCGUAAUUGUUGAUACCUGAAACAGGUGGUAGGCGUCAGCUGAGCAGGUAAAGAAACAACCUUAUUUUUGUAUUUCCACAUAAAAAUAAAUAAAUGAGUUUUGUCCACAUGGGGGUGCCAGAAUCCACGCUAACUGAAAGUUCCCCACAGGAGCUUUAAUGAGAAAAAUGAAGGUUAGUAGCUAGAGCUGUAAAGUCAAAGUCAACUGGUUGACUUGUCGGACUUGAUACGUGCUGAGUCUACCAAAAUCCUGAUUGGUCGACUCGAUUUUUUAGUCGACUCCAUUUUUAGUUGAUUUUUUGGUUAAAAAAUUUCAGGGUUUUAGUCGACCAAGAAUUUCUUUGUUUGAUUACAGCACUAGUCGUAGCACCCUCUGGUCUGUUACAUAGACUUGUGUUGUGCCGGCUGUUUUCCUGACCUGAUUCAACAAGAAACAAACACUGACAACAAAAUUACCUGGAGUUACCAUGGUUACAAAGACAGACUCAAAAAUGUCCAGCUAUUCCCUAACAAGUAAUCCAGCAUAAGCGAAUGUGAGACAACCACCUGACCUUUGGACUAAAGUUUGAUUUUAUCCAUCAAAGCUUUUACUGAAACUCCUGAAUAUGAAAACGACAAAUCACCUCCAGACUUGAACACAUCACUAUUUACAUGUUAAUGCGGCCCUGACCCAUAAAUCUUACAAAAGUGUCUUCUAUAACCUCGGUGUUUUGUGUCUGCUUCAAUGGCUGGAUAGAAGUGAGUUUGACUGUUACAGGACAACAGACAGAGGUGGAAAGAGCACGAAAAUAUUCUUAUCAAAUAAAAGUACAGAUACUUCACUGAAUUGUACUUGUCAGUCUGUUGCUUAAAUAAAAGUUAAAGGUAGUUUUUACUUUAAGUAACAAGUGCUUACUUUCAACCUUUGGUGGUGAAUAAAACAUGCUCUCCAAACUAUGUUUCCCAAACUUUUUACUGUUAAAUAACCAACUGCAUUAAUGUGUGAAGUGUUACUGAUUCUGCAUCCAUCUAAGGUGAAGUUCUUGAAUAUUUUUGCAGCAUCUUUUGUGAGUGUUGCACUUUGAGAAAAGAUGGCCGACAGGGAAUCGACAAGAAAGUUUUGGUGUAAAAUACAUUGAGGAAGCUCACCGCAAGUGUAAUGAGAUAUUUUUAUUUUUGAUAUUUUGAGCUUUUUGCAGUGUAAACAUCUUCGAACCAGCUAGCUAGCCUCCUUUCAUGCAGUUACGACUCUAAUACUUAAAAAAGUGGAGCAAAGCGCAAAACUUUACACAAGUAUUAGUCUUAAAAAAUUAACCAGAUAAGUAAACGUACAAAAAGAGCUACAGGAUUACAGUAAAGUGAGUGAAACCUUUGACUUUCUUCCACCUCUUGACGUCAUACCUGUGUGACAACCUACCCCGGUCUCCCCUAUUGCAAGUUUGUUCACCAAUAGCAGAUAAAAGAACAAACUUGAUGUCAAAUUUCUGCACAACCUGAGAGUUCAUGCAUGAAUUAUAAAAACUAAUUUAGUCUGAGUUUUGUCUCCAACUUUCACAGUCGUACAUUUCAACCUAAUAGACAAUCAGAGUGCUUUUGAAAGCCCUAAUAUCCCCCAGGUACGAACAGCAAUAAGGGAUUCUACUACAGUGAGCUUUCCUCAUCUCUGCUUCUCUUUUUGGUAAAUUUAUUAACUAAACUAAUAUCUAUGCUUUGUUAGAGCACUACUUUAUUUUAAAUCAGCCUUUUCUUUUGUUAUACAAGCACAAAGUUACUCCAGGUUAAGCUUCUCUCAUAAGUUAUAGGGCUGUAAACACACGAGAAAAUGUUAGUGCAACAGCUGUUAACUUUAAGUGUACCUCACAGGCUUUCUACAUUUAUUUGACUUUGUUUAAUGCAAGUGUGGGUGUGUGUUUGCGCAGAAAUUUCCCCCUGAGUUUGACUCUCCUCUGAAUAGAAACGCCUCUGAUACAUUUAAAGUAAACUGUGAAACUCGGAGACUGAUAAAACACUUCGAGGCGGUGGUUCGGUAUCUGUGUGAGGCAGCAUGACCCACAAAGAAUGUAAAAAGGAUCGGGGUAUCUUCAUGGUCCACCAGAGGUUUGGAAAUGUUUCUUAACCUUGAAGAGGAAGAGCUAAGCGAAAAAAAAGGGCAUGCUGUAUUUCAGAUUUCAUGAAGGUUUUCAGCAAACAAGACGAAGAAGAAGAAGAAACCUCGCAGUAGGAUAGUGUGCGUCAGUCUGCAUACUUGAGUGUGUGCUGCUGCCAGGUGGGUGUUUUGAUAGCCGUUGAUGAGAGCGAUGCUCUGGGAGCGUCCCCGGCCCUGCAGUGGAGGGCUUGAUGCCGGCUGAACACAGGUUUGAGUGACACUGGCAUUUAGCAGCUGACAGGGGUGACAAUGCCAGGCAAAGAUAGAGAAUGUACCGCUCCCGGCUUCCCCGCAUCCAUCACUCCCUCGCCGCCUCCCUCUGCCGGCCUCCUCUCUCUGUCUUUCAGGAUGUCUCUAUACCUCCUUUUCUUCCUCUAACAGAUAUUUGCACAUGCAGUUUUGCACUCCUAAAACUCACGAGGGCAUUGUCAGGCUGCCUCCAUUUCAAAAACUCAAACCUAUUUUAGCUUCUCGUAACCUGCGGUGUGACCUCUUUUGACCUCCAUCAGCAAAUAACCAGAAAUGCAAACUUGACUAUAACCCUCCUUUCCCCUUGAGCUUCAGUGGCCUUUUCAGCCCCCCCCUUUCAAAGGAUGAAUAUAAGUCGACUAUUUGGAACAAGAAUCCAAUCAAGACUUGAGCAAAACUCUGAAUUUCACAACACCACAAAGUGGAAUUAUCCCGCCGUCUUGUCUUGAGAAACAACUCUAAAUAUGUCGCGCUCAGAGCUCUGUCAUCCAUCGCAGUCGAGGACGCCAGUUAGCUGAGAACUGAAGAGAUCACAAGUGCCUUCAAAAUGCGAUGGGCUGCAGUUUCUCUUUCUUGGUCCAAAACAGACUCAUGAAUUUUGAAAGGCGGGCGAAGUAGUCUUUGAGUCCUUGGUAUUGAUCAGAAACAGUUUCCCAGCUCCUCGCAGACAUGCCGCAGUCCUUUAUGGGUCAGUAAAAGUCUUCUUAUUGGCGCUUGAAUCAUCACUCCGAUGUGUGCAGCUCCUAAAUCUGGCCCAGGAUGUCCUCACUUUGGGCAGAUUUCUUCUCCUCUCGUUUAAAAUUCACACAUGCUAACAGAGAUUGACACGGUGGCCUGGCAAUGAGUAAUUACUUUUAAUUAACCACCAGGUUAAAAGAAAAUUAAAUACAAUCCAACCUCUGCCUCUGCUUUUAUCGCCGCGUGCAUCUCACAUUUUCCCUUUUCUUCCCCUCCCCCUCCCCCCUCCCUCCUUCCCUCCUUUGUCGAAUGAUCUCAAACCAAUUGCUCUCCCUCGCUCAUAAAUAUUCUCCAGAGCUCGGUUGGCCUUUCCCGUCAGGGGGCAGGGGAGAGGGAGUCACGGAUGAAGGAAGGGGGGGCGACCAGAGAUGGGGAAAUGAAAGGAACCGGGGCUUUACCCCCCCCUGCUGGUGGCUCUUUGCUUCAAAAAGGAUUUCAAAUGAGUGUAGUAUUAUUCAGAGUAGAAGUGUUUAAAUUAAGCACUUGACAAGCUCUUGUGUUCUUUCCACACUGCUGCAAAAAGGACUGAUUAAAAAGCUCAGAGAAUUACAGGGUAGCGACGUAAAAAAAAUAAAUAAAUAACAUUUUUUUUCUAAACUGCAAAUCCUCUGAAUGAAAGAGGUUUUUGAUUCUCAAGGUCUGAUCGGAUGCAAUAAUGGGAGUGAUGAACUCGGUCGAUUCAGAAGCGACGGCAAAAACACGCGCGGUGGCACUUAACGAUAUUACUUCCUCUGUGAUUGCAGGGAAAAAUAUGACCGUUAUGUCAGACAUAAUGGCGAAUUUUAAAACAGGCAUCCAUUCUUUCUCUUGUCGUGUCAGAGGUCAGAAAUCUCUAACAGGUUUGCGGCUUCGAUUUGAAGAAAAGCAGAAUGGUGGUUGCAUUUUUCUUCAUCCACUAGAUUUAUCUAUAAAAGCAUUAUCCCUCGUCCAGGUUGGCUGAAGAAAUAUUUGUGUUUAGCUGCUGUGGUGCAAACGAGUGUAAAAAAUGUACAAAAGCAUGUUUCGUUGAAUAAUUGAAAAGCUGCUGCUGUUGCGAAAGCGUGGCAGUGAUUGUGAGAGGCUCCGUCUCUCAUGUAGUGGUGCGGUUCUCACAGACAGGAGCAUAUUAGUCAAAAUGUCAGCUCCUCCUUUCUUCUUCUUCAUGGACCAUAACUUUUCCAUCACGCCUCAUCUCCCGUGUUUUCGCCUCUCUUCUCUCCUGUCAGCCCACCGGCUAUUACAUUGACUCCGUUUGAUGUAAGGUGUUGCCUCAUGUAAUUAUAAAGUGAUUAGUGUUUCAAUUAUAUGCAAACAUGUUUGUGGAGGAUUGUCAGAUGCAGAGGCAUGACAUUACGGUACCUGUGCUGCAGCGUGUCACCGUGUCGUUUGGAUAGAUCCUGGCGUGCGUUAACCGUCUCGUGUUUAUGGUUUUGUAAUAUUGUGUUUUGAAUGCUUUAGAUGGGAAAGCACAUUUAGAAGAGAUUAUAAAAUGGAAUAUAAAUGGGCAUGGGGUGUACGAAGCAAUGAAGAGAAAAGAGCAUUAAGGGAGAUAAUAUCCAAACGCACAGCAAUGAGCAUUAUACUAUGAUGAACUGCAGCAAAGCUCCAGUACGUGUUCGGGACAAAUGACUUUUUUCUAUUUGCACUUAUGGGCUGAUUUUGCUGAAUUGUUUGAGUCGGUGACAAGCAGCAAAGGGCUGAAGGUUAGACUCAAACCGGAGCCAUGGCCGCCCCUGAAAUCCCAAACCAUGACUUACUAUUUGUGUUGUCAGAGGUGGCGCUUUUGUUGGGAUGAUGAGACGAGUGGAGGUUAUGACCCUCGAACGGCUCGUUUUAGGAUGAAGUCAGAAAAAGAUUUGUCAAACAAACAAGAUUAGUAACCUGUAGGGUGACCAUAUGUCGUCUUUUACCCGGAUAUGUCCUCUUUUUUGAGGGCUGUCCGGCCUUGUCCAGCUUUGUCCGGGAGACUUUAUAAAAUCCCUGGUUUGUAGUGAAGUUUUGAGUUUGUGUCUCUCUCUCGGUCAUCUUCAGAAGAGCUUCCAUCGUAGUCUCCAAUCCUCCCAAUUCUCCAAACACCUAACCAGUGCUGAAGAGCUUUCAGCUCCUGCAUCCUUCUUCAGGAUGUCCACAUACUUUAGCGCUGAAUGUCCUCGUGAACGGUGCCCGUGUGUUGGUUCUCAAAGGACCAGCCUGCAGGCCGGGAGCUCCUGAUGUCUAUGGCAGUGGCUGGCCAGCCUCAUCCUCCGAGAUGCUACCUUCUUGCUGAGCCUCGGCAGCUGCCCUUACAGGUCCUUGUUGGUAAUGUGGAUGUUCUAGUCUACAUUCAGAACAGCUCGUAACAUUCUGGUGUAGCACCCAUCCAGGGGCUUCAGCAGGGUGGGUGUCACGGUGCAGCUUUCACAGCCAUACAGGCGGACGGACUCCACAGUGGCGUGAAAUAGGUUCAGCUUUAUGUGUCGUGGACUAACUGAGUUAGAAGCACGUAAAAAACACUUUGGGGACUCAGAAUAUGGUGACCCUAGUAACCUGGGUACCUUGAGGUGGAUUUAUUAAACAAACACAAGAAAGGUCAGCCACCAAAACCAUCCCACAAAGAGCUGUCAGGUUUGUGGCUGACUCUCUACUCAAACAAACUAAACCCUAAAGAAACACGAACAGAAGACACAAAAAACUCAGCUUACCAAUCCACCUGAAAGUAAAAACAAAGUGGCAACUAAAUAUUACAAAUUAAAUCACAGUUUUUCACUCAGUUGGAGACUUUGUAGGUGAUGUGGGAAGAGACAGAACAAUGGGAAGGGUCACUCCUUAUAUACAGGGCACCAUCAGUCAACAAAGAAGCCACACCUGAGGAGAUAAGAAAGAUUAGACCUGGGGGACCGGGGGAGAGAUGUGGUGGCAGUAAUCAGAUGGAGCCAGGAAAGCCACAUCAUAACAGGAGGUAACACGCCAAGGUUUGUGCGAAGACCCUGAUAUUCACCACACCAGGUCACCCCAACAAAUAAAGUCUGGAUUCACCAUAACAAUGAGGACUCAUCCCUCAAAUGCUCCACCAAUGAGCCAUGAGGUCACACAGAUUUUGCAAGCUUGCAGAAAUGGUUGCAAUACCACCGAAAACUGUGGAACAGUGUUGGACAUUGAAGUCGGUCAGUAUGUUCACAUACAAGUCGAGUUCGAUUGGGUGGUUUUAUCUGAACUCCUGUCGUCAUAGUUUGCAUGCACUCUGCAAAAUCUGAAUUACAGCUCGUUACUAUGAGGUUGUCUCCUGGUUUCUACGACUUUGUGGAUACGCUCUUCUUUUUUCAGAUGACCGUUAGAAAGUACUCUGAUCGAUGAUGGAAACUUUGUCAUGGUGACUCGCAGUGAGGUUGCAGAAAUAUUCCAAUAACUGAUACCAAAACAACAUGUGCACAGGCAGACUUGUUUCUACUGCAGAGUCCAGACCCAGUCCGGUGUUUCCUCUCUGUUGAUCCUCUUCCCUGGUGUACAUAACCGGAUCAAAUCUGACCUUGUUGAUCGUAAUGCAAAAAUACAGUCCCAGGUUGAGGCUGUUGAUCCUCGCUGCAGCUGUCUUGUUUGUUUUCAUCAAUAUAUUACAGUCUGAAAAUUAUCACUGCAAAGAUUUUCAACAAACACAUCUCAGAACAGACCCAGAGAGAGAGAGAGUACAAGCGUACAGUUUUCAUCGAACUGCUGUUUUCUCUCAUGCAUGAAUGCCCGAGCGGCUUGUUCAAUGAGAGAGUCGUGGUGGAGACAAGUCUAUCGUCCUCCAGUCAGAGGGUGAAUGCUUCCCCGGGACAGAGGCAAAGCGGCCUCUUCGGCUUGCUCACCAGCAGCAAUGGCAGUGACGAGGACUUCAUCCAGCGCAGAGCUUAUGCUUUCUGACAAGUGUGUGAUGGGGGAGUUAUCAGGGCCAGAGGUCCAUGGAGGCAGCUUUUCUGAAAGAGAAACUCGGCAUGAGUGUUUGAAUGCGUUUUGUACGGAUGGUCUGAGCUACCAGCAUGGGGGAAUUACAUACCAGUGAUGUAGGUUUGUUCUGUUUUGUCCCUAAAGCAUGGACCUAUAGACAAGAGCAAGAUUUAAUAUCCUAAAGCCUCUGCAGCGUCGUUUAAUGUAGAUAGAAGUAAAUGGAGGGAAAAAAGCGACAUAAAACCCUGUCUUUAAGCGUGAGAAAUCCCUCUGUUUAUCCCGCUUUAAAGCUGCUGUCAUGGGUGAUUAAUGUCUUCUCAGUUCACAGAAAGUAGCAAAUCAAAAAUGUAAAAGUGAAGUUAAGUGCUGUCAAAGCUAAAAGCAGAUGCCAAACACAAUUUUGGUUCAUUUUGACCACUUAAAAAACGGACAGAAGAGAAAAACAGAAAAAUCGAACAAUGUCUUCUAACAAUGAAGUCUCAUUUACACAGAUACACUCACAUGUUUUACUGUAGAAAGAUGAUGUUGGCGUUGCUUAUGAUGCACAGACCGAGCAGACUUUGAUGCAAACAUCAUAUCACUGCACCACAAGUAAAUCUGUUGCAUUAUUAAGCUUUGCAUUGAUUAUCUGUCCAAAUAAACCUUACGCAUGUGAUGUCAAUACGACUACUUUGCAGCUCCGAACCGAGUCAGAGCCAGUCUGAUCUUGGACACUGAAAAACCAAACAUGUUUCAAAUUGCUGAUUCGAGAUCACUGCUGCCAACAGAAGAGCUGUAAUAACCCAUGAGAGGAGCAGACUGGGAGGCAUCACCAAUUGGGUGUAUUACUCAUAUUCAUGGCAGCUAAAGUACGCUUCAGUGCUCUGGGACUGACUUUUUUUUCUUUUCUCAAAGUGAGAAAAAUAGGAAAUUGGCAGUUUGCAUAUUCAGGUUGAAAUGCAUGUUUGUCAUGCGAGAGAGAUGAUAAAAACAAAGAAAGAAACCCAGUUCUUAUGUUGACAUUGAAAGAGGCUCCAUUGAGUCAUCUGGUGCACUGAUUAUAGGGUUACAAUUUAAAUUAAAGUGUUCGAAUUUCAUUUGGCAUACGCUUUUGUUCAAAGCAAUUUACAACUUAGAUUGAGUACAACACAAACAAAGAUGUAGACAGUCAAGUCUAAUAGGAAAUUAGACGUAGUGCUCCAGAACAGUGUAAGAGUCCACACAACACAUCACAUCAUCAACAUACAGUAGAUUCUACGGCUGGGCGAUAAACUGAAAAUUUAUCGAUACCAAAAUUUACAACAAUAACCAACGUCAUUUUGCCCAUAUCGGUAUAUUAGGUGUCAAAAAAAUUAAUUAAUUAAAGUUGGAUUUAUCUAUCAGUAUCAAGGGUAACUGCUCAAUAUAUCAUGAUAAUGAUUUGAAGCCAUAUCGCCCCGCCCUAGUAAAUCCACAAAACCUUUAUUAUUGAUAUCAACAUCAGCGUCACCUUUAGCACCAGACUGUGAAGUGAUGAGUUACAAUACAUGAAAGAAAAGACUCCACUGUAAAUCUUAUGGUAGCUAACAAAAAGAUGUAAAUUGUAUAAUAGCAGCACAAUGAAUUUUGUAUCUCUGCAGUAACGAAAAAAAAACACGGGUGCAAAAAAUAUAAUGCAGCCAGCAAGGAGGAGGCAUGGACGUUUCUGUGUUUGCUUUGAUUUAAAAUAGUUUUAAAUUUGGAUAAGAUUGUGUUUAAAUGCAAAUUUCUGUUUGACAUAGAUAAUACAAAAUAAAACGACAAUCUUAAAGAGAGGUGAAUGAACCACAACCAGCUGUGAGGAAACUGUGCUGUACCUGGAUUAGUCAGUCCAAUCCAACACAAUGUAAUUCAAGCAACUUUUCCACUUUAGUUUUGCAGCCCACCCAACAUAAACAUACAGAUGUCUCGUUAGUGGGCUUUAUUAUAUAUUUUCACAGCUUAACUGUAAACUAAAUGGUAGAAUUAAAAGAAACUAUCAAAUCAAGUACAGUAGAUAGCAAUAGUGUGCUCUUCCAUAGCCCUUUAUUGCCUUUUGUAUCAUAUUUGAUACAUACUUUUAUAAUACUUCUAUUAAUCAAUGUGAUCAACAAAUUACAAAAAAAAAAACACCUUAACACAGUCAGACAAAUGGUAAAAAUGUCCUCUUAUGGUUCAUCAGUUUCCAAAAUCAUCUGAUGUGUCAAACUAGAUAAAAAAAUAUAUUUGCUAAAUUUUAAGGACAUUUUUUUUUUUUCGGUUUUCGGUAGUAAGUGAAAUAAACAUUUCAGCUCCAAAAAAAUUGGAAUUUUCUGACCAAAAUUUGUGGUUUCAGGCAUUUUAGGGUUAAUGCUGGUUUUUAUCAUUUCAAACCAAUGUCAGUGACUGAACUGUGCAAAAAUGUCUUUGACUGAUUUUAUGUGAGCAUGCUUGUUCAAAGCCAGCUACACUGUGUAUGUGUGGACCAAGUGAUGAAAUCUAUUUGGACUAAACAGUCUAUUAUUCUUUUUCUUUUAGGACUGUAUUUGUUGUGAGUCUGCCACAUAUAAAAAAGUCUAAUUAUAUCUUUGCCAUAUCGCCCACCCCUAGUGUAAGUGUGAUUUUAUGGUUUCCAAACAUGUUUUAAUAGCUUGGGAUAAUUCAGUCUUUGGACACAUUAGCUGCAGUCUCAUAACAAUUGAACCUUUUGAAGCCACAGCCAAUAAUCGAGGCUUUUAAUGUAGCCGUGGGAUAUGUAAACAACUAACUGGGCCAAGACUUUCCUCUAGACUGGAAAGGUGGUGGUACAUUACGAAGCCCAACUGCAACAUACCCUGACAUAUAUAGUUUGUUUUUUUGCAGAUGCAUUCUUGUUUGUUUUUUUCCAUUUUAAGUGUUGCUCAAAAUCUGGAGUCCAUUUCUGUUGUUGAUUCUGCAAAAUAAAAAAUACCAAGAUGGGAUGGGAGUGUUCGGUUUAGAGACUAAAAAUGCGUCUGAAAACCACCUGUGUAAUAAAAGAUGAAGCACGCACUCUUUAAUACUUGAGUGAAUAUGUAUGUGCUGUGUGCUUCUGCACGGACGGGAUGACACAUUGUGCGCAGCUACCCGUGCAGGCGUGUCAUCAGCAGAAAUCAACUGCGUCACAGGGUGCAGGAUUAACAGUAGCUGGUGCCUCCUCUAUCUCCUGCUCUGUUUGUGUGUUGAUUGUGAGGCUGAGUGUGUAUGCACAGCAGGAAUUAACAGUACAUGCAUGCCUCAUUAUGCCCGCAAUGUGAUUCUCUGCCUUUCUCGUUUUAUGUGCACGGUAAAGUCUCUUGUCAACAGCGUUAUGACAAAUAGCGGUACAAAAGAGAUCAGCAGUCAUCAUGUCAGCAAAUCAUGCUCUGACUUGGCCUGGCUUUCUGUUAUCAGGGGUGUCGUGUUAUUCACAGGAGCCACAAAUCAAUAGUGCAAUUGCUUUUUUAACAAAACACACCCUCCAACAACAACAACUUGCCUGUUUUCUUCAACACUGUGCAGCAAGUUACGAUUCCACAGGCCUGGCCUAACUAACUUGAAUGGCUUAAAUAAAGUAAAUUGUAAGACUGCAUGCUUUUGUUUCCCUUCCCAGAGAAAUAAUCAUGUUUGCUCAAAGGCAAAAGGAAGAAAGAAGGAAGGAAAUCACCACCGCUUUAUCGAAAGAUUUCGUGUGAAAGGAUGUUAAGCAGAAGAGAUGAUUUUCGUUUGGAGGUAAAAGCGAGCAAUCAUCUCAGACAGGGACAUUUACAUACAGAAAGUGAGCGUUUACAGCAAAUAGCCAUAAAGUACACCAAUUUUGUGUAAUGUGCCCCACUUUUAGAGGAUGUUCUCAAAGACCUUCAACACACGCACACACACAACCUAAACACACUUUUAUUUGCUGUAUUGUCAACAAUACAUAAAGCAUAAUGUGUUAGCAGGAGUUGUGGGUGGUGUAUGGGGCUGCGGCAGCGAACAGGAGGAGUAAUUAGAGAAAAACAAAGGUGAAAGUAUCAACGCAGGCUUCGUUGGAAGGGGGUCAUGAUGGAUGACUGGGCAUAAAAAUAUGCUGACUGUGGAUUAAAGUUUGCACUCUGUGUUUUUUCAGAUCGUUUGCUCGGACAACUCUUAAAUCUCUUUUGUAAUUGUUGUGAAAAAAAUUUGCUUAUACUGAACAAAGUGAUUAUAAUUAGGUUGAAACAAUGUCUCAUUGCUGGGGCUAACUGGUCAAGAGUGUGCAUGUCCAAAAUAUUCAAGUUGUGGUCGUCAUUGGGGCGAGGCACUGAUUAUUUGUGAGCUGGGUGCCGGGAUUGUUUAGUGACUUGUUUAGACUUGUUUAGUGAAUCGUUAGCAUGCAGUCAUGUUGUUGUCACAGACUGUAGAUAACCCAGACCUGGUCUCAGUGAACCUAGGCCUUUAGCCUCCAUGCUAAACCCAUGGUAUAGUAGGGUGACCAUAUUCUGAAUCCCCAAAAAGUGGACACUACUAUGCAGGGUGGAGUCACAGAGUCACGCGUUGUAAAUUUUGAGGGUUUUUCAGGUCUGGUUGGGGUUUGUGGUGCUUCUAACUCAGUUAGUCCACGCUACACAAACUCAAAACUUUUAUAAAAAAAACCUGGACAUUUGAAGGACUUUAUAAACUCCUCUGGACAGGCCGGACAGCCCCCAAAAAAAGAGGACAUGUCAAGGUAGAAGAGGACAUAUGGUCACUCUACAGUAUGUGUGUGCAUUGCAUUCCAGUUUUGGCCCACCAAAUGCAGAAAUACAUGCACUAGAGUGUACAUGCAUCUGCUUAGCUCAGGGUGCAGCUACAGUGUGCCCACCUAUCAGUCAAGGUAGCUAUGCUUGAGAUUAUGCAAAACUCAUAACCUGAAUACCCUUUAAACAAUUGAGUCAAACCGUGUGCUGAUAAAAAAAAAAAACAGCUGAAAUCCAAAAAUGCUUCCAGUAUCUGUCAUCAAAUUUCUACUUUUGCUGCAGAGAUGGGCUCUUGUGAAUUUGUGUGUUUGGACACUCAAGGAACAGCAGUUUUAGCACCUCUGCGAUGGCUUUAUUUCUUGAUACAAGAGGUUUCUACUUGGUUGUGAUCUACGUAAGCGGCCUACAAGACUUUUAUUUGCUCUCAUGAACUUCUAGCCAUGCACUUCUUCUAUUGUACUUAUGCCCUUAUCAAGAGAGUCUGAAAAGGUAAUACAAAGGAUAAGGUAAUGCACUCAGAGCAAAGGGUUAGGAUGAAUGGAAUAUGUUCUUCAAGUAGACCUCGUGUUCAUACACAAAACGAUCCUUCAAUCACAACGAAAAAUUAAGUGUUUCUGCAAAGCUAACGUACAAACCACUGGGGAUUCUUAUUGCCAUGACAACACAGUCAUCAUGCAUUAUCCUGCACAUAGACUCAGGGUUUUAUCUUGUUCCUCGUCAUGAUCAGGCUUUGAAACCAACCCUGUCAUUGACUACACACAGUGUCUGCAGGAUCUGUUAAUAUUAUUCAUUGGUAAUCAAAACCUCAUUGAACCGAGGCUGUUUUCACUCAACAUGUUUAAUUACUUGCAGCCACAGACACCACCGGUGUUUCAGUUCAAAGAGUGACCCUGCUAACUUGUGACCUUCAGCCAAAUGCACAUCUAACAAAUGCAUUUACUGUUUCAUCAAAAACACAUCAGUGGGCUGUCGCAGCAGCUCUGGAUUUGAAGUUUCUUAAGUUUGGAUGUAAAAGUUCAGACUAAACCGUACAUUGAAAUUAGAAAGUUUAUAACUUGAGUCGUGCCAUACUAUGAUAUAUUAAGACAAUUUAGCGCUAGCCUGCUCAGUCAUUAAAUUAGAUUAGAUCCAACUUUAUUUACCCUCUUGGGAAGGUUCCCUGUUUAUUGGGAGUAUCAUACAAUUUUAAUUGAUGAAAUCCUUCACACAAGGCCAGUAAAAUGCCCCACUUCUCUCCGACAUACCAGUUACCCCAUCUUCUAAAACAAUGUGCCUUGACAGACAGUUUUUAUAGAGCUAGAUGUGAGAUUUAAGUUCUUGGCUUGUGCUGAGUUUGUGUCUGAUUUUGCAUCCACUAAAACAUCAUAAUAGCGGAAACUCCAUCUACGGUUAAAACUAUGCAAAAAAGGAUACGUUUGAACACACAUAGCUUUUGCAACACAGUGAUAGUGAGUUUAUUUUGUCAUCAUAAAGGUCUCCUGUUAAAGAGGGGGUAACAUGCAGCUUUUCACUUCAUUUCUGAAACCUGUUAAAUAGUUUACAUGAUUUACGGAUUUAAAAAAAAAAAAAUUGCCUCCAUCUGAAACGUUUUGUUUUAGCUACUGUCUCUUUAAGGCCCCCCCUUCCACAAACCCACUUCCCUCUGAUUGGCCAGCUCUUUGACAGCUUUCAUGUGUUGUUAAGAACAGGUUGGGAAGCACAUGAACCUGUUAUGGUGCCAAUGGUAAUCCCUCCCAAUUCAACCGUCGGGUUCAAGUGAUGGACAUAGAUUUUUUUUUUUCAAUUUACCAGGUAAUCCGACCUCUUCACUCACUUGCCUCCAGGUGGGCUCCUUUUUAUUCUGGUUUCGGUAAUUGAAAGAAAAGAAAUAUAAUUCUGGGCACCCACACACCGACACAUCAGUUUGUCCUCCAUUUUAGAUACCAGUGAACAACCCUCCAUUUUCUUACAUCACCCGGCAACCUUCGUGCUAAUAAGUUAUUGCAAUGCGAAUAUCCGCUUAAGUUGGGACAUUUUCAGCUCCCGCCCAUUUGUGCCACCAGAGUAGUUCGAGUGACCAAUCGCGUCUUUGCAUUGACUUCAGUCGUGCGAAUGAUUUUACCCGUGCUUGUUCUGUGGAGACAGUAAGAAGAUCUUUAUGCCAUGACCUUAUCAGUUCAGCAAGUCUCAUGGACAUCUCAGAAAGAUGGAGUGUGAUUUUUGAAUGAAUUGUUUUCAACAGUGUAGUUUCUGGGAUUAUUGCAAUGUAAAUUUGCAUGCAUGAAAUCACAACGGCUUAUUUUUACCUUUUUGUCUAAAACACCUGUCAGUAAUUCUCUGACUGGAUUUGUUUGCUGUCCUGCUGUUACUUAAACCCUGUAAAACUCACCUCUCCUGUAGUUUUAGUUUGCAGAUCUGUUCAUACACACAGUUUUCAUGUUUGUUUCGGGUUCAAUUGAAAGACCUUGUUCCUCAGCGAGAUGUCCAGUGAGUAGAAAUCAUCUCCAAACCCUCGAGAAAGGCUUAUGUUGCGUUCUUUUGCACCGUCCGGGAUCCCCAAAGAAGCUGGUUUCCACUGCUCUUCAGGACUUUAAUGUCCGUUGCCGUGGUCACGGUUCUAGCUCGUAAUCAGGCGUUUGAAGUGAAUGCUGGAGUAACGCUCAGAAACAUGAAAGGCCUGAAGAAGAAAGUAAGCAGAGAGCUGUAUGUUGUCUUGUUUAUGGCACCUCUCAGCAGGUUUAAUAGGAUUUUCACAAAUUAAUGGUCUGAUGUUUGUUUGAUGUUGCUGGAAAAACUGUUGGUGGCAAUUUCAUGAAGCGUUCACAACCAGCAGCUAUUAAGCACAUCAUUACACUCUCUUCCUCCGUUCUGAUCGCGCUUUUGUUCAGCUGGUCUCGCGGUGGGUGGAAAACUAAAGGAUGUAAGUCUCUCCAAUCGUUUUUUUUUUUUUUUUCUUCUUUCUCUCUCCCUCCGUCUUAACUCCCACUCUCUCUGGACUCUGCAGCGCUUCUUGUUGUUAAGUCUGGAUCAUCAGUAGCUCAAUUAACAAAGUUGAUGUGAGCCACUAUGAAGGUGCCUUUCAGGGGGGACGCUCCCUACGCAGACGGCCUGUGUCGAGUCUCUUUUGAAGUCACUCAAACGGAGAGCCUCUUUGUUUUCGAUUCUUAAUUUUCUGAAAUCAUUUUUGCAUAUAGAGAAGGAUCAAUGUCACAUCAGAUUAAAGGGACAGAAUAAGGAAUCUGCUGCAAAGGAAAAAAAAAAACAUAACAUACAUCUCAGAAAACAGCAGAGGCAGUUUGCUUACAAGGUCUCCCAAAUAAAUGUAAUUUGGUUUAUCUUAUUAAAUGAAGCUUGAAGGACUUUUCUCCCGUUUUGCACAAUUCUCUUCAGGGAGGACCUUGAAAUAACUUUGAGUCUACACCAAGCGACUGUUUUGCACAGCAGGUUAUUUCGGUAUCUGGGGUAACCCAGCUACAAAACGCAGCAUUGUGUUCUUUUUCACGCCUUUUUUUUUUUUUUGAUAAACAAAUAUUCAUUCACAUUCAAGAAAAUGGUUUGAUGUAUCUUUGUAUUUUUCUUCUUCUCUGCACAUUGCCAUAAAUACUCUUUUUUUUUUUGCGUAUGUUCAUAUCAGGGAGCAAAUCACAGCUUGAGACUAGAAGAGACUGGACAUCUAGAGCAGUGAUGUGCGUCAUUACACAGCGUUGAGUAAAACAGCGAGGAAAUGAGAGUCUUAAGUGGUAAUCAGCUCCUACUUGGAGGAAAAAACGUUUCAAUGUUCACGUGAGGGAGUUGAUCUGACAACGUGUCACAUCCUGCCACAUUGACAUUUUGACGGUUAAGACGCCUGAAACAUGAGAAUAUGUGGAGACAAGACAACCAGCAGAAAAAAAAAUAGAGCUUAAAGUCCCACUAUGAUCGUUUUUUUACCACUUAAAGUAUUAUCAGUGGUCUUUAAGUUGUAAUUAUGAAGUUUUCAGCCAAAAUCACAUUACCUUAUUUUCAAGGACUUUUCUUCUGCAGUGUUCCAGUAGAUCAUUAGCAAUUCACCUCUGAGUCGUGGGCAGAGACAGCGCUGCUCUGCACACUCCUAACAUUGACGGUGUAGGAGCAGAAGCAGGUAACAAGAGCUAUUCAGCAAUCCGCUAAUGCACACGCUUGUUGCGCGAUUGUCCUCUCUAUUUCUCAGAGUCUGGCCUGCAUAGUGGGGCUCCAGGGGGCGGAGCUUGGAUUUGCUACAUAGGAAAUCUCACUGAUUUUUAACCUGCCGUUUGGGUCUGCGAGAGAUUCAGAGCAAUUUGAAUGCAGAAAUACUCAGAAAUGCAAUUUCGCACUUUUCUCAUGAUAUGUCCUGUAGCAUCAGAAAAAUGCCAUAUGAACAUGUUUACUCCAAGAAAAACAUGAUUUCAUCAGAGUGGGUCUUUAGAUCACUUGUUUUUCAAAUUGAUUAAAAAAUCAAACCUGCUAUUUUUUAAAUGUUCUGCAAAUAUAAGACCUUCAUCGUCAGCCAGACUUACAAUCUAUUAUUCCCACUUUUGCUAAAGGCAGAUAAAUAGAGUAAAACAGAAGCAUCAAAGUCUGUUUCAUAUUUAAAACACACUGGUUCCAUGUCUAUUAGAAGCACAUUAAAGUGUAUGACCAUUAUUAAACCCGCUGCCAGCACCAUCAUGCAGAGACUCACUCCAUGCAUGCAAAUGUUCCCUCUCUCCUUUAGAGUCUGUGAAUGUUCGGCUUCUUCUUUGUGACGGACAGAGUGAAGCUGCUGUGGCUCUGUGCCGGACGGGCUGUCCCACACCUCCACCUUAAACUCCAGACAAACUCUGUACCCUCCUGUGUCCCUUUGGGAGACUCAGAUGUUUUUCUGAAUGAGUUGUGUAAAUGUUUCAGAUCAGGUUUAUGAAUACUGAAGGGGACAGGACCACUCAGAGGUGGGCCAGAUUUGGCACAGAGGUCUCUGACUGCAUAGCCCAGCUGUAGAGUAAACUUGUACAGUUAGGGUUGGUCGAUAAAACAACAAUGAUAUAUAUCAUCAAUUAUUUCCCCCUGAUAUCGAUAUAAAACAUGGUCAAUAUGCUUUUUCGAUAGCUGUCAUUCUAUCAUGUUUUGUUAGACUAUACGAAUAGCCAAUGAAAAAGGGAGUUGCUCUGAGUCCGCGCCUAGCUGAACCAAUCAUGUGCUGAAUAAGAACCAAGUAGCAAACAACUGCGUAGUAGCAGACUGCAGCUACACACAAGCAUAGCACUGUUGGUGAGACAAAAAGAACAUGAGUGCUUCUCCUGGCAGAAAUGACGAUGAAGGCUCAACAGAUGACGACAUCGUCGACAACACUGGCAUGAAAACGGUGGUGGUGUGGAGGUAUUUUAGUUUUUUGAGGACGGACAUGAAGCAAAGUCGUAUGCACUGCAAAUUAUGUCGAGUACAUGUCCCCACAAAGUCGGGGAGGAGGAACAACAAGGAACAUUUAAAAUAGAUAAUAUGAAAAAAACGUACCGUGAUAAACUUUUUCCAUCAUCGCCAAGCCCUAUGUACAGUCUGUCCUUAAUAUCAUGAGUAAUGUCAGUUUGAUAAAGUUCUGUUUUCUCUUCACAGAUGUUCAGGUUGCUGCGUCCCAACAUUUUGCUCGAGACUGCUGGAAAACAGAAUGUAAAUGCCAUUAAAACUUCUGUAACCUCAUUAAUUAUUAUUAUUUAUUUAUUUAUUUAACGUGUAGAAGAUGUGCCCCUCCAUGUGGUCUUCAAUGAUUUAUUAAAACUGUAAAGUAUUUAUCCCACAAUCUCAGCGUGUUUCGAGUCCCCCUCUAGAUGUUUUUGCAGCAUUUAACUUUCCGUUUCAAGUGUCUAUUUUUUAACAUUGACACUUUUAAAAGCUCAGAUACUAAACAACGUGUAAAUGUACUGAACACGAGUACUUCCAGGUCCCAUUUCGAUCAAUAUUGCCCAUGUGCAACUCUAAACAAAGAUAAGAAUGAAGUAAGAUGGCUCACUCUUCGACGUUUUAAAUCCUUUCUAUUGCACUCACCGACUCCGCAGGAAAGCAGAGUUUCUACGCCUAUCUUUGAAUGGAUUACCAUGCAUUACUAUAACCUAAUUAAGCAUCCUUUUUUCCCCUCCAAAGUUUAAAAGAUUUGGCCCGGACCCCCUAUGUGGUCCUCAAUAAUUUAUUCGGAUUAUGAAGCGUUAAUCACAUAACCUCAAGGCGUUUUAUUUCCCCCUCAGCAGGAGGUCUUCAAUAGUAAUCCCCCUUAAAGAAUAACGACAAUGGGGCUUAUUUUAACAUUAGGGUUUAUGUGCUGUAUUGUAAUGCAAUUGUAUCAAACAGUGCAAUAAUAUUAAAUAGUAUAGUUAAAAAUUCAAAGGGGAAAAAUGGCUGAAAAGGAAAAUAAAGCAGAGGACAUGAGCUGAUGAAUGUAGCAGCAAUGAUUUACACCUAAGAGUCUUUACUAACUCCAAAAAUAUAUAUAUUUUCAUACAUUUCUAGAGUUUUCUUUGCUCUUUAAAUACAUUUCUGUGCUGAUGUGGAGAUAUUUGAUUCGAUUGCAGUGAUGAUCAGAGGAGAAAACCGUCAUCCUGCACUGAAAGGACACGGUGUGCUCGGUAGCCUGUUUCAAAUGCAUCAGCAGGUUAUUCACUGGGUUGAUUUCCUGAUUUGUUAUGGUGGUCACCGAGCGAUGCCCCGCGGCUGCCUGUACUCUGUGAUGGAUCUGAGACACCUGUACAGUGAUGGACAGGUAGCGGGGGUUCGACUGCUCUGAUCGCUCCGCACCUUUAGCUCCUGCAGCUCACCUCCCGGUGCAGAGCGCUCCUGCUCGCUCCGAGGGAGGGCUGACAGGUAGAUGUGCGGCUGGCCUCCUGCUGGAAACAGCUCCGGGUGAAAUAAAGCUGCCUCCUGUGUAUGUGUGUGUCUGUGAUAGGCUAUUCCAGUCACUCAGCACCUCGCUGAGAACGGUUAAGGGUGAAAUAAACCUGCAGUCUACCAUGAAAGGCGAGAUCUUUUGGCGUGUGUAUGUGCUUGGCGUGCUAAAGGUAAAAGUCGAAGUUGAGAUUUGUGUAUAUGUGUGUGCUGUAUUUUCCCAGCUUGGCGGUGGCGCCAUUCAUAAAUGUCCAUCAGUGAGCAGCAUAGCGAGACACAGUGUCGAUCAGAGCCCCAGCUCUCUCUCUCUCUCUCUCUCUCUUUCCCCCCUCUUUCUCUCUUUGUGCCUCUCCUUUCUUCAGCUGGCCCCAGCGGAUGGGGAGAAACACUAAUGGCCGCUCGUUAUAGAGAAACACUGACAUGAAACAGGUCUUAAUGAGCUGUUUUCUGUUUUGUAUUUUUCUCUGGGGGGGUCACUGUUAUUGGUGGGAAAUUGAUUGGCAGCGGGCUCUGCACCCUUGGGGGGGCCCCCGCUAUAUUCCGGGCAAUAGCAAAGUCGUUGCAGCAAGGGCAGCUUUGUUUAGAUGUUUGCAGCUGCAGGGUGUGUGCAUGCAUGUGCGUGGAAGCGUCUUUGCAUGAAGGAGCUGCUGUGUGUCUGAAGAGUGCUGGGGGUUGUGGAAUAAACAUGUCCGUGUCCUAUUUUGCAAUGCAUUUCCAAGAUUUUCUAUUUAACUUCCUAGAAACCAUGUCGAGCAUGCAGCUUUUGUCAAAAUUAUUUUCUGCAACAGUUUAAGAUUUGACUUUGUGCAGUUGUGUGCCCUUAUCAAAUAGGGGAGAGUGGGGUAAGAUGAGCCAUUUUUCAUAUUUCGGAUCACUACAUCAAGGCAAUCAUAGUUUUGUCGCUAACUAGUGUAUCUGCAUAUAGUUCAAGAUAUUCUGCAUCCCCGCAAAUCAACAGAAUGAGUGUAAACAUAACUGUCUUGAUAAUAUAGCAUGCCAAAAAAAGUGGUCUCCUAUGGUCAAGUUACCCCGUGUAUGUGGUAAGUUGACCAUAGGAGCGGGGUAAGUUCAGCGGUAUCCCUACUACCUCCCCACUCUCCACCUCAGCUCUCCCUCACCUUCUCUCUCUCCCUAAGUAACAGUCACUUCUUCACAUUCAUGUGUAUUUUUAUCUAUUAUGGCUUCUACUGUGGCUCAACUUACCCCACUCUCCUCUACCGAGCAUGUACAUCAGAUUGCGUCUUCCUCUGCCCGCCACACAAUCACAGUGUUUGCACAGGCUACCAUUAGGACUUGGUGAUAUAAUGAAGUAAUGCUAAUGAGAAAAGAGUGAUGAUCAUUUUCUUAAAAAUGUAUUAAGACUUCAUAAAGAUAAAUUAUUCAGGUGGGCAUGUCUGUAUUUGGCUAAUCCAUUCGAUUAGAUUCCUUAGAAACCAAGUUACUUCAAACUGAAACAAAUACGAGCCGAUAUGAGAGGAGAUAGUCGGCUUAUCUCUCACUUACGAAACAAUUCGCACAGACUUAUCCAACGCCAGCAGCCUAGGUGAUAAAAGCCAUUUUCAAAUUGUUGUUUUGUUUUUUAAAGAGCAAGGCGAUACUGUUCCCAGUAACAGCAGGAGGCUGUUUUCUGAGGGAUAAAGCUCCGUUUAACCAAUUGUACAUGACCAACCAAUCACUGCGCAGCACACAGACAUGUCUAGUUACUGGAGAGUUUGGGAGGUGAACAUUUGCCCGCCCAGAACACGGAUAUACUCUGUCAAGUGGAGACCAAACAAGAGUAAAUAAGAGUCUGUUUAUGUGGUAGGCUGAAUCAUAUAAGUCUGACUGUAAUUGAGAUGUGCGCAUGCAAAAUAGUCAAAUCCUGAGUAUUUUUUCAUAUCCGAUCUUGGUUCCUGAAUUUGGAUAUCUGCCGGUACUGGUACUAUUCCAAUGCCAGAGCUCUGUUAGCUUUACCAUCAUUAUUGUUUAUUCCUUAUUAUAUUUCACGCUGUCUGGUGGAAGUUUACCUUGCCUUUGUGACUUAUGGAUCAGAAAUUUUCGCAGGUUGGAUCGAAAAUUUCAGAUCCAUGGAUUACGUUGGUAUCAGAACCAGAUACCGAUACUGGCUUGGAUCAGCCCCAUCCCUAAUCCUGAGGCGUGCAAUGUCAGUCAUGUAAUGUCACCUCAAAACAGCAUCUGUCAUCACAAAGGCUUGAUUAUGCAAGACAGAUUUUAAGACCCUGCUGUAUUCUUCUGUAUCUCGUUGCUCAUUAAUGAUGUGGCCACUCAGAGUGUUGCUAUUAGUGUGUAACCUGUAGCAUAGGGCUGGGCGAUAAACUGAAAAUUUACCAAUACUGAAGUUUACAACAAUAACCGUCACUUUGCCCAUGUCAAUAUAUUCAAUGUCAAAAAAAUAAAUAAAUCAAAGUUGGUUUUGGAUGUGUGUAGGUAGGCUGUGGUCUCAUGUCCCUUUAAGACGCUCUCCUACGUCAGAGACGUGACUCCACCCCAUCCAGUCAGUAACAAAGAAGGAAAGACAGGUGAGGAGAUGGAGGACAGUUCAAAAGUUGUAGUGGCUAAAAUAGACAAAGUUAAUGUGGGAGGGGGUGAGCAGCUUGUGGAGUAGAUAUUUUUUAUUUAUUGUUAUCGAGGUGAACUGCUCAAUAUAUUGUGAUGUUGAUUUGAGGCCAUAUCUCCAAGCCCUACUGUAGCAUACUGUAAACAGCGAGCUAGUGGCACGGAUAACUGAUAGUCAGAAAUAACUGGUGAUAUUUAAGUAGGUCUUUUGUGUUUAUUAAUAUGUGUACUCCUCCACCUGUACUCUCUCUUCUUUACUUUGCUGUCAGAGCUGCCGUGACGAGCUAGCUCAGAUCAAAAUACCAAAGAGCCAGCCUGUAUUUGUAUAAUGGGCUUUAUCUUUUAUUAUUAUUUCCAAGUACAUGAAAACUCUGAGAAUUUAUCUGAUAUGAAAUCAUGUUUUUUUUUUUUCAUAAGGCAGUAUAUUCAGCAGAAAGCAAAACUAUGGCAGAAUCAGGUUAUUUUCUAGUAUCGUGCAACUCUUGUAUGUGUUUCAUCUCCGGGUGAUUUGUUUAUUCUCGUCAUGACAGUGUUGAAUUAGCUUUAGAGAAGCCUUAGCGGAGGAUGUCAAAGGAAAAGUGGGAGCUUGUUUAUGAGUUCAUUUUGUAUUAUUGUCAAGAACUGAUGCAGGUCCCUUUAAUUUGGACAGAAACAAGGAGUAAAAGAAAGGAGAAAAAUAAAUUAGGGUUACUACUCACUGCUUUAGAGUUGAAGUAGGUCCAUUUUUAAAUUGGUCAUUUUUAGCAGCAAUCCAUUGUUAUGUUAUUUUUCUAUUUUGGGGAGUAUUUCUUCAUUCAAUAACAAUUAUGAGAUUGCCCUUUUGACCACAAAAAGCACUUAAGUCUGGACCGGUUUGAAUGCAAAAUCUUAGGUAUAUUGUACACUGCAAGGCUCUGUUGUUGAGGCAGGAUAAAAAGCAGUUUUAGGAGGAAGCAGAGGGGAAAAAUCACUUUUGUAAUAUUAUUUUGAUUAAGGUGUAAGCUAAUACAGGUUGGCAUUAGAAUCAGCUGAUCCACUGUGGGCUUAGCCUGACUUUGUGGCCUGCCUGAACUAGCACUGUGCACAAUUUGGAACCACUUCUUGAAGACUCCGUAAAGGUUCAAGACAAAAAAUUGAACUUAAUGACGGCAAAUUCCUGUUGGUUGUGAGUUUAUUUUCUAAACUGCAUUUUAUGGUCAAAUAGAGAUAAUAGGGCUGGGCGAUAUAUUGAGCAGUUCAUCUCAAUAACGAUAAAUAAACAAUAACUACUCCACAAGCUGCUCACCCCCUCCCACAUUAACUUCAUCUACUUCAGCCGCUUCAACUUUUGAACCGUCCUCCAUCUCCUCUCCUGUCUUUCCCUCUUAGUUACGGACUGGAUGGGAUGGAGUCACGUCUCUGACGUAGAACAGUGUCUUAAAGGGACAUGUGACUAUAGCCUACCUACACACAUCCAAAGCCCAUGUCAACGAAUAUAUUGACAUGGGCAAAAUGACGUCAUUUAUUGUCAUAAAUUUUGGUAUUGGUAAAUGUUUGGUUUAUCGCCCAGCCCUAAGAGAUAAUCAAAGUUUUUGAUUAGCGAAAAAACUCCAAUCAGGGGUUUCAUGUUAUGGAGAUGCCUGAGCUGAUUCAGCAUCCAGGAGUAAAAGCAACUACUUAAAAUCCCAUAUUCACCAUCUAAAGAUAUGAUUUUCAUAUUUUACUUUAUUUUUUUUAUUUUUCACACAGGCUGACUUGCAUGCUAAUAUAAACCUCGUUGUACCCUCCUUCGGUCUUAAGUAAAUCUUGCCAGUUCCAGCUUCACAAAUAAAGAAAACACACUCAAACUCUGUUGUGCAAAGGAUAUUAGUUGUGUUCUUUUCCUCAGUCUAAGAGGCUAAAAACUAUCCAACAGGGUUUGAAAGGUCUUCAAUUUCUCUCCCGCCAGUAAGGGCAGAACCAUGUUUAUUACCAGCUCUAUUUGAAUAGCGCUAAUCUAUGCAUCAAGCAGCAGCACUCAGUCUGCACUUGCUAGAUAAAGGCAGCUGGCAUGCUGCAAGGCCAGGCUGAAUAUCAAACGACUUUAGAUGAGGACUGUUCCCUCCAAAAGAUGCCCUGAAAGCAGCAAGACUCCAUCCGUGAUUACAGCCCAUCCAACCGCUGUGCCUCAAAAAAGGCUGGGGAUGAGAAAAGAUUGCGCUAUUAUUUAAAAUCGCUAGAGAAACACAAUGUUUUUCACUAUGGUGCAAAGCAAUUCUCCGAGCCGGAGGUAGAAGCAGCAUGAGACCAUUCAUCUUUUAAGAGUGGCACACGAGAUUCACUUAGAGGUCGUGCAGACAUCAUUUUACGCAUGGCGAGGAACAGAUCCGAGAGUGAACCUCCUUGUGAGGGGGCAAGCUGUGUCCUGUCCACUUUGAAAUCACAACAAUUGGCCCUAUUUUCUGCCUCUUUUCAUGAAGGACUGUUUAAACCGGGCUGAUAGAUUUAGUUUUGCAUUGUGUUAUAAUGGGGACGACUCAAAACAGCUCCCAGAUACCCGUCUUUAUAUGAUGGAAAGGCUCUUCAAAUGGAGACCUUCUUGUACGUGGGUUCAAAUGACAUGAGGCUCCAGUUCUGUCCCCUGUUUUAUCUCGAAUGUGCCUGCAUGCAGCAUUUGUGUGAUGUGUGUCCUCUGCUUCCUUUGCCAGGGAGUUUGGCCGCUGGAAGGUGAACAGCCUGGCCCUGGAGAGACAAGAGAACAAUGGCUUUUCCUUGCCGCUGGACCCUGAGUUCCUCCAGACCAUUAGGCAGCUGGGCAGGAGGCCCAGUCUUGGUGCAAUCACUGACAACAUUAUCAGAAAAUACGGGACCCACUUCCUGCUCUCUGCUACACUGGGAGGUAAGUGAGGCAGCUGACCCAGGACGAGCAUUUGGCCUUUCUCCAUAACAGUGAAGUCUUUCAGGAACAUCUUUAUAAGUUUAUUUUUGGACUUGAACUCGGAGAGGAUAGGCCAGUAAAUAGAGCAGGAAACUUGGAGAGAGAGAGUGAAGAAGGGUCGCAGGUUAGAACGGUGGGUUCCCACUUCAGGGACCAUAAACCCCUGUCCGUGAGGUGCUUCAGUUCAACCACACGACCAUACCGGCGCCUUACGACCCCAGAAACUUUGGCAGAGAUUUAACUGCUGCUUUCUACUAUCAGUACAGUGAAAUCUUUUCCUGCUCUGAUUUAAUCGCGCAGCUCCAAGUUCGUCUUCAUCCACAUCUUUUUUGUUUGAAACCUUUCUGAUUCCACCUCCAUGUCUUUACUUUUUGCUCGAGCAAAGUAAGGGGUGACAAAAGGCUAAAAGUUCUUCCAGUUCAACCUAUUUCAAGCUCUUAAACUUCUUGCUUUGCACUCAUACAUCUGAAAUUUUAAUUCAAUAUUGUCUCAGCUGUGGCUGUGGGUUUUUCUUGUACUUGUUUAAGCCCAUAUUCUCCUUCUCACAAUGUAAAAUCCGUGUUUGGAGUCGCUCGAACAAAGAACUCGGUGGAUUUUCAGGCUAACUUACACUCAUUGUUAUGGAGACAGAGAACUGUGAUGCGCAGCAAAGCUCCCUCAGCUAUCUGCUGCACAAUCUCCCCCAGCUCCUCCGCCGGCUCUUUUCAUCUUGUGUCUCUUGUGUAUCAACUCUCGCAGCUAUGAUGAUCAGUAUUUAAAAUAGAUCUGAAAGACAAUUCUGUAAAGACUGCUGCAAACAAAAACGAGACAGGAGAACAACUGCUGAGGCAGACCCAAGUAUAGACUUGGAAAGAAAACUUGUACCGUCUUUCACACCAUCAUAUUAUUAGAAUAAAGGCUAAUGUUGUUCACCACUGUUUCACCAUCUUUAUGAAUACAAUCGCUAUUGUCACCUUUUUAACUAAUUCCAUCAUUGUCACGAUUAAAUUUACACCAUACCAUCAUCACCCCUCUGAUUAUCAUUAUCAUCACUGUCAUUAUCACAUCCAGUACCGUCAUAAUUAUCAUUCCCUCAUCAAUCAACACUGUCAUUAUCACUGCCAACAGCCCUUCUUUAUGACGUUUUAUAAUAAUCUACACUAUUCCUUUUAUCAUUAUUUAUCAUUAUCAUCACUUUAUAUAUCACAACCAUUAUCAUGACUCAUGUUAACAUCAUUAAUACUACAAUUAUCUUCAUUUCCUUUAUUCUCUUGCUCACUAUCAUCAUCAUCAUCAUUAUAGCAAUAUUUUAUUAUCAUCGUCAUAAUUAGCAUGACUAUCAAUUUAUCAAAAAUACAUCCACUCAGAGCUCAAAAAUGAAUUAUUGUUGACACUCAUCAUGACCAUACCAGAGAUAACAUCUACAUAAACUCUAUUGUCUCUUUUUGUAUCUUUAGAAUCAUAAUCAGUAGUCUCAUUAUCAUCAUUAAUAUAAUCACUGUCAUCAUCAUGAUUGUCAUUAUUUUUUUAGCUUUUUUUCCGCCGUUAUUACUGUUUAUUACCAUUGUCAUCAUUUUAAUCAUUAUUAACAAAAUCAGUGUCAUUUUCAUCAUGGUGAUUAUCAUUAUCAUCAUCAACAUCAUCAGUAUCAUAACCUGUUUAUCAUCAUGAUUACCUACAUAAUCAUUGUCAUGAUCAUUGUCAUUAUUAUCAUAAGCCUUUUAUGAUCAACAGUGCCAUUUUCAUUGUUAUCAUCAUAAUCGUCAUCAUCAUUAUCAAUAUAAUCACCUCUUCAUCAUCAUAAUUUCCAUCAUGGUCAUUCUCAUUCUCAUUAUCGUCAUUAUCAUCACUAGUGUCAUUUUCAUUCUUAUUGUCAUCAUCACUACAACCAUCAUCAUCAUCAUCAGAAUCUUAUCAUUAUCAUUUUUAUCUUUAUCACUUGAACCGCCAACAUGGUAAGUGACUUCUCCUCAUCAUCUUUAAUAUCAUCCAUACAUGUAUAAACAUUAUUAUCAUGGUCAUCUUUUUAGAUUUAUAAUUGAUUGUGUCAGAAUUUAUUUAUUCUUUUAACUAAUUUUAUCAUUAGCUUCAGAAGUUGUCUUACUGUGAUCAUCUAUUUAAUUUUCAGCCUUGCCAUAUUUCCUUUCGUAAAAUGAAAGACAAUGAAAAACAAAAUGAACUUACCUUAGACGUUUCGACUCACUUUUAGAGUCACGUGUGAACCUUUGUGCUGAUAACCUGUAUGUUAGUGUUAUGUUUUCACAAAUUAACCCCAUGUUUCCUUUAAAAGCAGAGGCUGUUUAAAGUCCCAUACAUUGAUCUUUUACUCUGUCCACCACAUGUCAAUACUUGGUCCUGUGAAGCCUUGGCUUUGAUUGGAUUGAGAGCCUUGUUCAAUAACGCAUCUUCAUUUGUGAUGCAAACACAGCUUCUGCAACGUCGUCACCACGUUUGACUCACUGUUGACCAGAAAAUGAGGCAGCCGAGUUUAGAGAUUACUGUUUUAGGUCAUUGUGAUUCUCUAAUGUGCGCUGGCAGGCUUUGGAUGGUUAAUAUUCAUGCCCCCGGGAAGGUAGUAUUUGUGCGUAAUCGGAAAAGAAUGACUCACUGAUAAGUCCGUGUCUGUGUCUGCUUGCAGGAGAGGAGUCUUUAAUGAUCUUUGUGGACAAGCGGAAGUUAAGUCGGACAACAGAAGUGGGGGAAUCUAAUGGCACAGCUGUGUCUCUGGAAGCUCUGCAUCAGCUGGCAGCCUCCUACUUCAUCGACCGGGAGAGCACGCUGCACAAGCUGCACCACAUCCAGAUCGGCUCCACUGCCAUCAAGGUAAACGCUCAGCUCUCUGGGCUUUGUGUCACGCAACACUGUACAAACAAAAUAAAUCAGGAUCCCACUUUCCCCCAAAGACUUAGAUCGCCGCCACUCCUGGAUGUUUAUUUCAUGUAUGAUUGCGGCCAUAUCAUUUGGAAGUUGUUCAAAUUAGAUUUUGUUUUAGUGGAUAAACGUAAUCAUUGUAUUUCUCAGAACACAGCAGGCCGUCUUAAUUAUCUUACUCCCUACAGGAUUACCAGUAAGGAGCAUUUGAAUGGAAACCCAUAGUCAGCAGGUGUAACUCAUUUCGGUGAGAACUGGGCUGUUUUUGUCUCUGUGGACUAAAAUUUAAAGUGUUUUUACUCCCUACAAAGUGACAUAAAUGAAACAAUCUCAUCUUAAAAUGUGUCGAGGUAUUUGUUUUAGUUUUGCGUUUUUUUAAACUGUUUCAAGAGGAGUUACUAAAGGGAUUUGGAUGAAAAGUAUCUUUCAAUGAUUGUUCUUUUUUUCUUCUUCUUUGGUGCACCACAGAGAGCGUAUGUUGUGCGCUCGUGUUUUCAGAUAAUAACCGUGCACAUGCUCCCUUUGGGCUUCGGUGUUGGAACCAUUCAAGACACUCAACAGUGGCCAGUACUCGCCAAGUACCUUCCACUUACUACCAAUUACUGAAAGCACUUUACGACCCAUCAGAAGGUCCUCGGUGGUCUGCUCUGGCCUGCUCUAAAUGCAGAAUAUCAUUACGCCGUAGAUUAUUAGAGCAUAUUUUACAGGACAUGGAGCAACUUUAGACCUUGGUUGACAACAUUAGGCGGUCAUUCACAGACUGGACUCUCUCUGUGUAUGCACGGUUAUAGCUCGGCUACUUUUUAUGCUGUUUUUAAUUAAUUAACCCUCCAUAGUGAAUGCACCAUUUAAGGCCUAAUCUAACGUGUCCAAUUCUCAGCUUUUCCAGGAGUGGGACACCUCAGGACACAUUUUACAGCGCUCCAAGGAAAGUUAACCAGAGCAAAUGCUUUUAAUGAGAAAAGCCUUUUAUUACUUAAUAAGUGCACUUGUUAGGGAAAAAAUGUGUCCCACAGCAAUAAAUCCCAAACUUUUUAAACAGGAAGUUGUUUUUCCAAUAUGUGUUUCCUUUUUUAAGUAAUACACUUUCAUUCGUCUUUUGCAGUCGGUUGAAGCUCUUUUAUCCCUUGAGAUAUCUUUGCUGGCCACAGAGGAUCUUUCUCAAUAUGUCUCUCAAACAUACUGGGCAUCAUUAGCACAUUUGACAGUUUUUGUUGCUACCGAGUCCUCCAAAUUAAACGGCAAAUAUGUUGCUGGGCCGUGUCCUCUGGAAAAUGCAUAUAGAAAUUUUCCUGCCAGCUUUCAACAGGACGGCCUGGUUUGUCUGCGCUUUCCAAGACCGUUUCGGCAGUCUCUGAGAUUUGAGCGCUUUUGUAUCUGAUGCUAUUGUAAUCUAUUCUGAGGGAUGGAGGAGUAUGUUUUUAGUGAGGACAGCUUUGGAAAUAGAAACCUUGUAAUCCUGGUAACAACAUAAUAGACUGACUGAGUUUAUGGAUUAAAGAAACAACCUUUGACUGUAGAGAUGAAAUAGAAAAUCAGCAGUCGGCUCAAGAGUCAGAGUCCAAUGUUUUCUUCACCCAUCCGUCUAUUCAGGCUUCUUUUUCUGUUGUUUUCAAUAGAAAAAGGUCAUCAUUCACGUGGCGUCAGUGAAAUUUAGACUUGUUGUUUUAGGGCAUUUCUACCCAGCUGGCAGCACGCUGGUGAAUGAUACUUGUAACAUGUUGUCUGACCUCAAUUUUACAAAAUCAAAAGGAGUAGCGUCUGAUUUUUUCAGGUCAGCUCAAGUUUAUUCUUCUUGGCUCGUGUCGACGUUAUGUAGAGUGUGAAGUUUAUUUUUUUACCAUUAGACUCAUGUCCUGUGAGCAGCUGCAAGUGAGUCAUCAUCCAGCAUUGGCGUCAGCAUGAUCGCAACUAGUUUGAAUUAUUCAUUUUUAUGAUUCUUUAAUGUGACUCUAACACUUGAUUAAAUGUACUGAUAGGCUGAAGUGCUGGAAAGUACUCUGGGUGAAGAUGGGAAUAUGCUGAUGUCCAACCUUCAGAUCUCAGACAAACACGCCUUUCUCUCAGUGGAACCUUUGAGGACAAGAAGUUAACCCAUGACGUGCAUGAUUUUACCAUCAAACAUGAACCUUUUAACGUUAAUAGAUGGAGAAAGACCGACCAAUCAGCUUCAUUUGGAGAUACAAAGACAGCAGUUAUAGACAAUUGUAGCUGGAAAUGUAGAAGUCCUCUGAUAAAAGCAACACUCCACAGUGUUUAUUUACUUAAUAGAGCCCCACUAUUUGCUUUGAAUAGAAGAUUUUGGCAUAAAGAAGGAGAGAAGUUGUACAAAGUGGCCCUACCAGCUAUAUCCGGGCUGCCGGGGUAUCACUUGUGCUUUGAGCGAUGAAUCAUCCGUCAGCGAUACAUAAUGAAUAAGGGGUGAAUCUUCAGACGGGCUGUGCUGCUUUCAGGGGCUCAAAUACUUUAUUUUCAGGAUCCUGGAGUACUAUUUUUUUUGAAUGCACACAUUUAAUAACAUUAAAUGUGAUAUUCCACUUCUACUGCACCUGUCCCUUUGACUGUAAAUUGAGAAUUAAUGAAGUGUCAUUGGCCAUCUAUACCUGGAUGGAGCUUGGGAACAACGUCCUCACAGCUGUCAUUGAUGUACUGCUGUAAAAGAGAGACUUCUGCAUUAGCAAAGCGAUAACAGGGCCACAUGUGAAGCAAAAUAAUAUGACAAUUUACAUCACAUCUUAUUCUAAAAGGAAAUUCUGAUGUAACAUUAAGUUAGGGUCAAACACACCAUAACACCGAGUUAGACAACCCCCAAGAGAUGAAUGUUGUCGACUGCUUGCUUCUCUUGUUAUACCAGCUUUAGUAACGACCACACAAUAGCAAGACACAGCGGUCUACAUCUCCACAUGCAAACCUCAAACAAAACGCCACUCUAUAGCCACAACUAAUGCUCAGAACAGCACCUGACUUCAUCAACAGGACAUAUAGGGUCACAGCUAUAGUACUAGCCAUCAAACAUCUUUCUAGCUUUGCCUGAUUUCUUUAGCAAACAGACCAAACACAAAUCACCCACUCUCUUCCAGCAGCCUCUUUUUUUGUGGGGGAGCCCUGACGAGUCGAUCACAGAGUGCAGCGGAGUUUCACAGCUCAAGGAAGAACAUUUAUGAUUAUUACUCCAUGGAAAUGCAAUCGGACCGAGACGCUACAGAAGAACUACUGUGUCUGCAGUGCAAAAUGAUUAUUGAUUGAUUAAUGAUUAUUUUGAUGAUUAUUACUUAAAGGAAAUGAUCCGCUGCACUCGGUGAUCGACUCGUCAGGGCUCCCCUACAAACAAGCAGCUGCAGGAGGAGAGAAAGUGAGUUGUGUUUAGUCUCUUUGCUAAAGAAAUCAGGCAAAGCUAAAAAGAUGUUUGAUGACUAGUACUAUGGCUAGCACCCUAUAUGUCCUGUUGAUGAAGUUAGGUGCUGUUCUGAACAUUAUUUGUGGAUAAAGAGUGGUGGUUUGGUUGAGGUUUGCGCGUGGAGACGUAGACCACUGUGUCUUGCUAUUGUGCAGUCGUUGCUAAAGUUGGUAUAACUAGAAAAGCAAGCGGUUGGCAACAUUCAUCUCUCGAGGGGGUGUCUAACUCGGUGUUACAGUGUGUUUGACCCUAAAUUAAUUUUACGCCGGAAUAUCCCUUUAAGUAUGAGAAGGAUACUAUGAAAUCACUAACUGAACAGUGUGUCACUCUUUACUCUGCUUGUUUAUUAAAAAUAUCCACUUUUCCCCGACUAACUUUGCGUUAUAUGCUCUCUAUAUUGAUCUGGUGAGACUUUGCAUAAAACAUGCACCGUGCUCGAUGAGUAAAUAGAAGUUCGACUAAGAGAAUAGAUGAGCCGAGCAACGUUGUUUACUUCCCUCUUCGCUCUUUCAUGUGUGUACUCAGAAGUCUGUUAUACAGAAUAGCAUGCAAUGCAUAUCAAGAUAUGCUUAUGAUGUAAACAUCACCUUGCAUCUUUUACUGCUUCAUACCUCCGGGGUUUGUUCAUUCAUCACUCUGUCAGUUCUUAUCAAGAAGAAAGAAUUGAACCGGCUGAGUUUGCCCCUCGCACCACACACGCUGCAUUUCCUAUGCACUUUGAAGAAUGAGUUGCCUCAUGUGGCUUUAAUGUGUUUUCCCACGCUUGUGGUACACAACAGAUUAACUUCACGCGAGGUAGGUGAGAUGAGUACCUGCAAACAGAAACAGCCAAAACACAGAGACGCUGUAAGCCUGAUCAGCUUCCUGCUUCUGCAUUCUGAGAGGUUUGGAGACUGAGAUAGAUUAGAUUAGAUUUUCUCUGAAGUCUCCUGAAUGCAACUCAUUACAUUGCCUUCACAAUAAUUGGUGACAUCAAGUAAUGAAACUCUCUUUAACAUAUUGUCGCUGUUCAAUGAAAAACACGUAUCUCCACUUUUUCGCUGAUCUUAGGCCACUUUUAGACGAAAAUGGUCUCCAUAGAAAACAGAAAAGUGCAGUUUCGUUUUCAGUUUUUAUGCUGUGUUUACACAAAAACACAAUGUGGUUGAAAACGCUGUAAUGUGCAUGCCAGGUUGCUAGGUGGCGCGUAUCGGUGUGACGGCACUCCCAUAUAGACCAGCAACGCAUACGCAGAACAAGUUCCUUUCUCCUUCCUAGAAGCAUGUAGCACAUUAAUUAUUUGAUGCAAAUAAUUCCGAUGCCUCCUCUGCUGAGCAGUAUGAUCCGUGAGGAUUCUGUACAUGUCCAAAUUGAGCUGCUGCCCGUUCAAUAAUAACGACAGUGUGAGAGUCGAAUGUCUAGCAUGGUUGUUGUUGUUUAUUUUUAAGGAAGCUGCGCAUGGCUAUGAUGUCAUAAUCGUGAGCCAGGACGUCACGGGUUUGACUGUUUUCAGCGUUUUUGUGCUUUAGAAGAAAGUGGGACUAGCAGGGCGUUUACAACAUUUCCACUCUGUAGGGGGUUUUCACUUUGUUACGUUUUUAUCUCCUGAAAACGCAGUUGCCAUCUAAACGGACCCCCUGAACUAAACUAAAUUUUUUCCGUUUUCUAUGGAGACCGUUUUCGUCUAAAAGUGGCCUCAAUCUGAUCUGUGAGGACAAGGAGCCAUACUGCCAAACAUAACUCACUGUAUGAAAAUAACUAAUUCUCUUUGAUGAAAGUGGUGCUCACUGAAAUAUUCAAGUCUUGAAAAGUGUAAACUGAAAUAAAGACAAAGGAAAAAAAGCACUUCUAAGAUUUUCAGUUUACCAAGUUACCUUUUGGGACUGAGCAAACCAGGACAGAUUGCGCAUGGUUUAGGAAGCCGUACCACUUUCCUGUCAGUUUGCAUCCUUACCCUCUAAAUAGAUGGAGGUGUGUUGGUAUAUUUGGAAGGGGAUGUCACUUCUUAUACCAGUAAGGACACAAACUCCGAGCUCUUUCCACUGGAGGAGCAGGAACAUCAAAGUUUAUCUCCUUCAUUGUGACUGCGGAUCUCAGGCUGAAAAACUAAAUUGCCAGCCUUCUUUCUUUUUUUGGAGCUUCAGCCCAUUUUUCAUUGACUUGUCCUUAGUGAUGCCCCACUAUACAGUCCAUCAGAGAUAAAACUACAUUCUCCAAAGUGAGUUGGCAAGAGGACGCUGAGCUGAUUUGGCAGCCGCCUCCGAACCAAAGUGCUGCUAAAAACCCCUCUGAUUUAGAUGAAUAGAGAAAAAGUCCUCUGGGGUGCGUUUGUUUGUGAGGCAUUUUCAGGUGACUGAUGUAAAAUAUUCACGGCGUCAGUGAGCUUUAAUUCCAAACAUGUUUUUUUUUUUCUCUUUUUUACCUCACCCCAAUGAAGCCAGAUGCCAAAACAAAGCCGCCUUAAAGGAGAGCGCUGCUGCUCCCCUGGUUUUUGGAGAUAACAAUUUUUUAAUGGUAGAAACGCCUGGCCUGGAGGAGUGAGGGACUGGGCGCAAAGCACUGGAAAAUAAUCAAAGACAGGGGAAAAUGAGAUGGGAGGGUGGAAGGAAAAAAAACCGUCUCUGCUGUUACAUAGAGUGAUGAAUCAGCCUCUCCCAUUCCUGUAAUUUCCUUUGAGAGCGCCCUGCCAUUUGUCAAACGUUUUGUGGUAUGAGUUAAGGUGUCAGGUGCGUCCGAAUGGAAAAGAUGAGACAAGGACAGACAGGCCUUAUUUAGCAAGCUCUUUUAGCUAAGGAUCAAGGUGCGGCAGGUAGGCAGGAAGCGCAGCAUCAAUCAAUGCACUUACCUUUGAUUUGCAGCCUGGGCCCUUCUAUAUUGAAGAUUCAUUAAGCUAAACUUGGGAGGAGAAAUAUCAUCGACGAGGAGGAGAAGUGAUAAAGAAUGUUUGACCCAAUUUGCAGUGGUGAGCCUUGAGUGCGCAGUCAGUCAUGCCGCUUUACGCUUCAUUUGUCCGACGAGACAAGAACGACCCGGGCUUCAGAAAUCAGAUAAUGGCUGCUGAGGAAAAGUCGCGGAGAACACGACACCCCGAGUUCGAGGCCGGUUUUUGAUGGCAGGAUAAACACGAGAAAAGGCAAAUAAAGGAAAAAACAACAACAACAAAGCACUCCGUCCUCUUUUAUCACAAACGCAGAUGAAUAAUUCAUGACUUGCUGAUUGUUUUAGCAUCUUCAUUAUUCAAAGAGGAGCAUACGUUUGUGUUGUCUUUUCACCCUCACCUUUAACAAGAUCUAUCACUUUUCCUUUCUGCAGGAUUCUUCAGAUGUAGGUGCCUCGGAUCAUUUAUGGUAUAAAUAUACGGAGAAUAGCUAUUGGCUUUAAGUUCUUUUGUGACUCCUGAUGACAAGAAUUUUUAAGAAUUUCCUCUCAGAGCGAUUUCUUUUUAAUCUUCAGCUUCUCAAAAGAGCCGAUGCCUGGAGAGGAAAAAUACACAGUUUCAAAUUUGCUCUCUUGGCCCCUUUUCAAGUGACUGGUGCUUCCCUUAAAAGAGCAAGAGCAUAGCUUUGCCACUCUUAAGAGGACUUAGCGAACAUAACACCACAUACAGUAUUAUAUUCCACUUUCUUCUCUCCGAGGCUCCCUUUCCGCACCCCUGUGGCUCCGAGCGCCUCUUUUUUUUCCUCUUCGAGUGCACACAAUAAUCUCAUUCUGAUGCUAUUUUCCUCCUCUCCCCCUUUUUCUUGCUCAUAGUUUAUAAGCUUAUCCCUCGCUGGUUGACAUUAGAGAGUAAGCCAGUGCCACAAAGUGGUCUUAAAACAUGCAUCGGAAUCCUCGAAGACUGAAUAAACAGGCGUAAACGUAUCCCACAUGCAAAUGUGGAUUUUCACAUUUACCAUGCCGCCGUGAUUAAGGCAGACUACAAUUCUUCAAGGUGCGGAGAAUGAGGCAAUUUUGAAAUGAGGGAUGAUUUCAUGAAACAUUAAUGCUAUCUUGUACUUUUUCCCCUACAUCAAGCAGAGAGUGCAGCCAUUUACAGUCCAUUGUUGCUCAUUCUGACAAAACAAGCUCACUAAGUGACAUUUUAUGCUGUUUUGCUGGAAUUAUUCAUGUGAGGGAUUUGCAGAUGUGAUGAAUCUUCAUCAGUGCGACGCUCCGGCCUAACUAGUCUAAUAAUAAUAUUAAAGCCUUAGAUUUCUUAAAUAAUGGAUGUGCCUCAAGGCCAUCUGUAUCAGCGGACCAUGUUAACAGGCUAAGUGCCGCGCUGCCCUGCAGAGCCCCCACACCAAUAAUGGAGCCGCUAUCAUCCACUCACAUACUGUGCAAGGCAGGGCAUAAUCAGAUACAGAUAAUAAUACAGGUAUUUUAAUAGCCUACUUGUGCAUCAUUUCCUUUUGUCAUGUUCAUUUUUUUAGUUUAUUACCUUUAAAUAUUCAGUUUUAACUGCAGAUAUGACAGAGUGGCGACUUUACUACUUAAUCAUGUUUGAACGAGAACAGAGAAAUCUUUUUUUUAUUUAUACAUCUCUCACCUGUUAUCACAUCGAGCUCUAUUUGAAGAGUCUUUAGGAGCAUAUACUGGUGUUUUUUAUAGAGUCUUUGCAUGUGUCAAAUCACAAAAUCUAUAACCCCAGAUUCCCAGAGAUGACUCAAAGUUUACGAGUCAAUAAAUCUCAGCGGCGUCUGUCAGAUUUAGUAAACAGUGUGAUGUUUUACGGUGGGCGGAGCUUAGCUGGAAGCCAAACACAUGAUGGAGCACCGUCUCUCAAGCUGGUUUUGUUUGUUUCUGACUAUAGCUGAAGAUACCACCGGUCUGUGUGAAUAUAAGAGGUCCUUCACUUCUGCUGCUGCUGCUACUAUAUUACAUACAUAAGUAAACACUGACCAGUGGGAGCAGACUGGUGGAUUCAGACGUCAGCGGAUGGAUGAUUGAUAAAGUUGGAAUAUUUGAACAUUUACACUUAUCUGACAGAAAGAAAAGAUACAUUUAUCCUCAUAACAUGCUCUCUAUGUUUUCAUAUGAAUUCAUACUCGUGAUAAACUAACUUUAUACCUGGAAAUGUUUUCUCCUGAGAGAGCAUGACUGCUUUAGCAAUAAGACAUUUAAAUGAAAAUGAAACCUUGAAGCCCCCUACACAUCCCUCUAUCCUUCUUUAUCACUCAAUGACAAAGGACUCUAAUUACGAUGACAUGAAGUGUUUCACUUGUUUUGUUUUGUUUUGUUUUGUAUUGAUUGAGACAGUCAGCAGUUUCCGCCCCUCCUCAGGUGUAUAUUUCUUUGUGUGCUUUCUUUAUUUGCUGUUUAGCAUCCUUAAUUUGGACGCCUUUGUUUGCGAGUUCUGCAUUAAAGCGAGCAUAUUUGUCCUUGACAGAAUUUGAGAGCUGUGUGUCUCUGUGUGCGUUUGCAUAACCUCUCCAGUGGGAACACUGGGCCCAGACAAUAUCUCCUCCUCUGCUGUAGAAUCGGAGUAAAACUAACAGCUGUGCUGUGUUCAAUCCAACUCUGCUGCCAAGUCCUGGCUCUGGCUCUCACCUGCUCCAGAAGGUUCAAACGACACGUCCUGAACUGACGCACUUGUGCGCCGGGCCGCUGUGAGUGGGACUAUGUCAGCUUUCCAAGCAGCAGUGUUCCUCUUAACAAUGUCUCUGGCAGCAGGCAGAGCUACAUUUGCACUGACAGGGUGUAAUAUGAGGCUAAAAAGGAUGCCUGCAGGGCUCACUGGGGAAUGUGUGUUUGCUGCUUGAAUAUACAGACUUGUGACAAAGAAAAAGCUGAAUAAAUAAACGGGGAUAUAUAAGAAAUGCAGAUGCUUCUUCUGCACAGGGCAGGAGAGUUCAGCGUCUGGUUUGAUGACAUUGAAGUAAUAUAGUAUUUGCAGUGACAGUUGCAUUAAAUAUAUCCCACUUGGGUGGACGCUCAUGUGAGAUUUGCGCACCGCCACCAACAUCGUCAUCAUAAGACUGCAAAGAUAGUAACUUUGGGAACGCUGAUACCCUCAUCAUCAUAUUAAUAGGUCCUGAUUGGUAUAGACUCCAGAGUCGGUGGACUUGUAAGAUCUAUACUGAGGAGCACUGAGGUUGUUAUAAAAAGCACAUGGUGAUCAAACAUCUCCCUAAGAAGUCGAGUUAAAAAGAGUUCUAAGCACAUCUCCAACAAAUCAGGUGCUUCUUGGCUCAAGGACAGCGAGCUGCCAGAGAACAAAAGGCUCUUGAACACAUCGAUUGAUUUGCUUUGAUGUCACUGUUUGAGCAGACUAACGUUUCAACAACACUACAGUGUCUUCAUCAGAGUCUGAGUAAACAAAGACACGAGGCAGACAACACAGUGUCAGUCUGUAGCAGGUGUACAACAACCACCGGGUAAUUGGUUUGAGACAGAUUUACUGGAGGAUAUAUCCGAGAGUGGGAGACGCCAUGAUUGGUGAUAAAUGCCGCGCCCCUGUCUAACCUUGAAUCUACAUCAUCAUUUAAAGGGCCAGCGUGCAGCAGAGAGACUGAUGGAUCAUUCGGACGAUUAAUCUAACCAACUAUUGGCAUUUUGAAAAAAUCGGUAUCACAUUAGCUCAUCAUCUCUCUAAUUUCCCACCCUGUCUGACAGCAUCUUUAAUCUAAAACAGUUAUUAGCUUGUGUAUUACUUCACACGUGAAUAUCUGUCAUGUAGUGAAAUCUAGAGCAUAACAAAGAGUAUCUUACUGUUUCAUGGAUUCAGUAUCCAUCAAAGCAUGUUACCAUCCAAGAAAACCAUGCAUAUACUUACUUUAAUGUAAUGUUUACCUUGUGUUUGGACUUGGUGGACAUGGAUUUAAGCUUUAGAGAUGUGUUUAAAUUAGAUUAUGAUCACCUAGUUCGAAGAAAAAGAAAAGCUACAGUAUGUUUUUUUUUCCUUCAACAUGGAAGUGGACCCUCAUCUUGCAAACUAGUAAUAUACGUCUUACUGUACUGAGUGAGCAGCUGUGCAAAAUUCACCAGCUGGGAGAUGAAAAAGAAGAGAAGUUGUUGUGCGCAUGCAAAUUUGCAUCACUACUAGGGGAUGGGAAAAAAAAUCGAUACAGCAUAGUAUCAUGAUAUUUUGUCUGGUGAUAUAUCAUAUUGUCUCAUUUACAAAGUAUCAAUUUUUUCAAAUUAAUUGUUAACCCAUCAAGACCUGAACCCUGUCUGAGACACGCCUCUGAAAUCCUGAGGGCAGUUUCGAGAAGGGCCCCCAGAUCCUGAGGUAAUCUUAAGUGUUGAGGUUUACAAAAAGCUGAUAUCCCGGCCUCUGUAGCAGAUAGAAACAAAAUUCUACGAGUAUUUGAGAGCUUACACAUGUGGCUUUCAAGAUAACUAUCUUUUAUUUUUCGGAGCCUUCAUCACAUUAUUGAAAACCUUGAACAAACAAACUCAAACAAAAUAAAGCGGCUGUAUAAAUAAAAGUAAAGGCUCUGCAGUGAAGAAUAACAAACUAUUUGCUUUCUGUAAAACAAGUGGCAGUCAUGAUAAAGUGUCCAUUCAAUACAAAUAUUUUUCCUUUUUUAAAAAAGUGUUGAAAGGGUAAACAGCUGCCUUAGUAUAGUGCCAGUACAGAAGCAGCACUAAAAAAUAAAAAAUAAAUAAAGAGAUAAGUGGCUGACAGUGUGUUCAUCUCUGUGCUCACCCAAAGUCAUGCAACACUCACAAAAAUCGGCGAUAGUGUGAGCCAAAGCACUCAAUAUGAAGAGGUUGUUCACACCGCUUGAUGCUUCUCCUCCGAAGUUGCUCUCUGCCUCCAUCGUUUACUUUCCUCACGAAGCAUGUAGCAAGAAUCCAAGCGCUUUCUUAAGCUUUAUUAGCCUAUCAGAGGCAGACGGGUAUGAUGAUUUGAUUCGCCAUGACUCCAGAAAUGACUGAAAAACUACAGAAUGUUACAAAAUGACGUAUCCGCGCUUCCGGCUUGAAGGGUAGAAAUGCGCAGCAGUGCCAUCGGCUUGGAAGGUUGAAAUGCGUACAUGCCUCUCCCGGUUUAAAUGGGUUAAUAUGAAGUCAACUCUGUGGUAAUGGAGGAAUAAAAUCAACUGUUUGUUCAGUGAGGUUGGCAGAGGCGACAUCAUAGCGCAGGAGAAAAUUAGCGUACCAAAUAAAAUCACAAUAUAUUGUGUCACAAUACUCAAUGCAUUGCAAAAUGUUAAAAAUUGCAAUAAUAUCGUAUCGUGGUCCUAGUGUCGUGAUAUUAUCGUAUCAUGGGGCCACUGGUGACUCCCACCCCUUAUUGCUACACAUUUUUGAUGGUAAACGACUAAAUUAAAAAUGGCAACACAGAAUCUUUCUGUACUAGCAUCAUGACAAGAGCAAGUGAGCAAGGCCAUCUUAUAAUCCUUCUGUUACAUGUUGCUAUUUAUUCACAUUUCUACUCAAUGUACCUUUAAAAUAACAGUAUGCAAGUAUACCAAAAUCCACCGUUGCCUACAGAUAGAAAUGUUCAUCAUAACCGUAUUGCCCCAAAACUCUGAAAAACUGGUGAAACAUAGAUAAACAGUAGUAAGAUCAUAUAUCUGAUCUUUAAGGGAUUCUGUUUGGUGAUAUUUCAUGAAGACACAAGGAUUUUACUGCGUGUAAUCUUCAAUCUCGAUAUCUUCCUUUGAAAUAUAUCUAAUAGUCUCGCCUUUAAUCCACUAAAAAUUUUUCUCUGUUCUCGUCAUGAAUCACUGGAUCUUUGAUUUGCAUCUAUGAUGUACAAUAAAGCUUUACAAGCCUGUAAUAUCCAAAAGAAGCCUCUACCUGUACCCUUUAUUCUUGAUCUUGCAAAAGAUUAGGCUAAAACAUAAACUAUGUGAUAUUAGCAUUCGCGACAAAGCCGUAAACAUGUAUUACCUCUGCAUAAAAACCAUGUACCAAACCUAAAACCUUUUAAGACAGAGGCUGACUGAGUGAUUACUGCAGAUCCGUGGAAAUGAUACGCUCACAUUUCUUUGUAUCUGUCACUGUACGCAGUCGUCUGAUAAUCCGGUGGUGCCAUUUGCCAGGUCUGUGAUCCGUCUGAUGUACAAAUCUGGUAUUUAAAAGGAUUUGCAUAAAUACAUAUUGUCAAAUGCAGACAAUAUGUUUUCUCAGUGAAGCUCAGAUAUUCCUGUAUCCUUUAUGAAACACGGUGGAUAUGUGACAGAUACAUAAACCUGUAUUGGCUCAUUUCAGACUCAGUUCUUGUUCUUUCCAUCGCGUAACAUGUAUAAUGUUUUUUCAUCGACUUGACAAAGAUCAAACUCUCCAAGUCUGAGUUCUUUUGUCAAAACAAAAAUAUUUGAGCUGUCUUUCACCCUUUGAAACUUUGUUCAAAAACUCCCACCUCUGGACAAAAUUAGCCACUUUUUGUUCUUUGUCUUUGUUUAGACUUUCAUGCCGAUGAAGAAACAGUUUUGCAGAACCAUUCGUGUUUUCAGUCGCCAUGCCCAGGCCACUUUUGUUCCCUUUGCCUCAGUUGUUCCAGAGUUUUGAUUUGUCCCUGAUGUUUUGGUGAUUUGCACAUUGACUCAUCUUUUUUUUAUUACUAGAACACAAGAUUUUACAGACUCUGGUAUAAAGAGUCAUUAUUCUGAAGCUAUGAAAUGAUCUGUUUGUUUCUCUGUGAUUUGUUUAGCCUGUCAGAAAGCACACACGCUCAGGGACUUAAUAUACUGUCGUAACUUAGAAAAGAUGGUGAAAUAAAGCACAAAAAAAUAACUCAGAAUGGAGAUCUGUUCAAGGCAUAUGAUUUUUCAAUCAUAUUUGACUGACCAAAGGUUUACUAAAUCUGUUGCUGAUCAUGUUAUAUAUAAUUCCAAUGUAAAUUACAGAGUUCCUCAGGGGUCAAUAUUGGGACCAUUGUAUUCUCACUGUAUACGUCACUCCUACCAAUUUAUUCAACCACAAAAAAAUCUUCUUUUGCUAACAUACAGCAAAAUUCUUACACAUCACUCUAAAGUAAAUUGUGGAGUACCUCAGGGGUCAAUAUUGGGACCAUUUUUAUUCUCAUUGUACAAGUCAUUCCGAGAGCAAACAAACCAAGAACACCAAACAUUAUUCUACUGUUAUGCUGAUGACGCACAACAAAAUCUUUACACUUUUCUCCUGUGUAAAUUGCGGAGUACCUCAGGGGUUAAUAUUAGGACCAGUUUUAUUCUCACUUAUUUGCCAUUCCUCAGCCAAAUUACUCAAAGACACAUAAUCUAAUUUUUCUGUUGUGCUAGAGACACACAGCAAUAUCUUCACAUUAACUCCAGCACAGAUUGUGGAGUACCUCAGGGGUCAUUACUGGAAACCUUUUUAUUCUAACUUCACAUGCCCCUUGGCCAACUUUAUCAAAGACACAAGGUCUUAUUUCACUGUUAUUCUGAUGAUUUAAAGCAAUAUCUUCACCUAUCACGAGUGUAAAUUGUGGCAUACCUCAGGGGUGAAUAUUUGGACCAUUUUUAAUCUCACUGUAUAUGCUACUCCCUUUGAAAAACAAAAUAUAAUUUCACUGUUAUAUCUUCACAUGUCACUCCAAUGUAGAUUUUGGUGUACCUCAGGGGUAAAUUUUUGGACCUUUUUUAUUUUCACUGUAUAUGCCACCCCUUGGCAAACAUUUUCAAAAACAUAAAAUAUAAUUGUCCCGUUAUGCCGAUGGCACAUAGAUAUAUCUUUAAGUUAUUGUCUGCAAGGUAUUACAAAAUGAAUAUUAAUGAAUUUUCUUUAAUUGAGCGCAGAAAAAUAGAUACUGAUUACAAGUCCAGAAAAGCUGUACUAUGCUGUUCACUCCUCCUCCAAACAGAAUGUUAGAAACCUUCAGUUGGCCUUUGACUACACCCUCACUUUUUAGAAACGAGUCCUGUUACUGUCACCUUAGAAAUGUUGCUAGAACAAGAUCAAUGCUGACUUUUAAUCACAAUCGAGUAAUUAUUCAUGCAUCUACCUCCUUGCAAUUAGAUGCUGGUAAUGUUCUUUUCACAGAAUCAAUCAGAAAUCAACAAACUGACUACAAAUAAUUCUGGAGCAUGAGUUUCAACACAACCAAGAAAAUAGAGGAUAUUGAUCCUGUUUCACUGACCUUGCACUGGCUGCCAUUUUUUAUAGUUGAUUUUAAGGUCUGUCACCAGAAUACCAGACCUGUUCCCGUACUAGCUGGUGCACAUCUCCAGAUCCUCAGGCAGAAACCUCUUAGAUAUUCCCACCUCAAACAUAAAAACAAAAGUAGAUCCAGGAUUCGCUCUUCAAGCUCCCCGGCUGUGGAACAAUCUGCCUGAGGAUCGCUAGCUAGCAACAUCAUUAUCUACUUUUAAAUCGCUUCUGGAGAAAUGUUUCCACCAAAGGGCUUUCUCGUUAUUUCUGUAUCUUAUUCAGUUUUUAUUAUUUCUUCACUACAGUCUUUGUUUUUAAUUGUUCAACUACUUUAAGCUGCCGACAAACCCCCUUAAUUGCUGCUUUGCCAGAACAGUCUCUCCAGCACUUAUGCCGCUGCUUGGUUCCACACCCAACCCACCAACCAGCACCAUGAGUGGGGAUUGACAGCGUUGCCGAAGCUGUGUGUCAGGACUAAGGGGGAGUAAAAUAGCUGACAUUUAUAGACACGACCUUUGAUUUGACAGAGAUGGCAUGUCAUCUGGAUUCCAGCUGGUGUUCGCUUCUUUCUUGGGGGAAAUCAGCACGCCGGCUUGACAAGAUAACUAUUUUGGUUUGAAGAUAUGUGAGAUUCAGGAGGUGUCAUCAACACUCAGUGGUUGGUUUGGGGAAAAGGAGCAAAGUAUAUGUUAGAGUUAUCAAAACAGAAAUGUGUUUCUGAAAAGAUUGAAGCUCUUCUUAAAGUUCUCAAAUAAAUUUAAAUCUCUUCCCCAUCUUGUCACAAGAAAACCUAAAAACGUACAUUUUCUGCCUUAUUAGCCAACCCCGAAACCAUUAAGACGAAGGGGAUUUUUGCGCUUGUGAGCAAACUACAGAAGGAACAUUUUCGAGAUUAAACCAUCCAAGAGGAGAUAAAAGACGGUGAGAUGACAUCAAAAAGAAACGCCUGGAGGGCAAAGAGAAAUUCGCUGUGAUAGACACACAAGUCACGUCCCCUGCAUGCGUUAUCGUCACAAACUGCUUAUUCUGAGAAAGCCUUUAAGUGCAAUUAAAUGUUCCAUUAAAUGCAGCUGUUGCUUAUUUCUACACAGUCAGCAGGAUCUUCUUGUACUCAAUUAUGGCACAUUAAUAAUUCCCCCACCAACCGAUCUACAACAUCUACAUCUACAUAUCAAAUUCUUGGAGUCGCUUGUUUUCUCGCUCGCAGCGAGACCCCUCAAGGUCUUGAAAGGCGGUGGAAAUACACAAAAGAGAUUUUCCCCUUUUUGAGAAGGGGUUGACUUCUAAUGGAGAGGGCUGACUGUGCACACAUGCUCUGCUCCGAUGAGUUCCUUUUUGCAGAUGGUCUCAUUGCUAUGCAUAGAAAAGGCAUCCUCAGAUUUGCAUUUGGUCAAUUCUCCCCUUUAAGUCGGACAUCUGUCUGUGUUAGAAAUUAAUCUACUGGUCCCCACGGUGGCUGCUUGGAUUUUAAUUAAUUGUGUUAACGCAUCAAUAAUAAAAAAGAAGAAUGGAAGUCGGUUACUCUCUCUCUCCUUCACUCUCUCCGGCUCCGUCUGCCCGUCCUGUCUAAAACGAUGAUGUCUUUGUAUUCAUAAGACCAUUUCGGUAAUUAUAUGUUGGAAAUCUGCUGAGUGAAGUAUCAUUACAGACUGAAAGAGACUCUGAAUGUAUACUGUACAUACGGUGCUCCCAGCUGUUAUUCGUCUCCGCGCCUCCCCGUAUUUAUUCCCCUCAUUGACCUUGUAGCUGUCAGAAGUAGACGUCAACAAAAAGACAACUUUUCUGCCUACAGCUGCAAAAGUUUUCUGUUUCCUCCCGGCUGGAUAUCAGGGAGGCUGUCAUUAAUCUAGCAAGGAUGUGUUGUUAUUUUCAUUGAACCUUUGGGAAAAUAUUAAAAGAAGACACCGUCAUGGAGCUUGGCAAUAAUUUGCAAGUGACAGCGAAGGAGAUAGAUUUCCCUUCAGGUUGGCAGUUUAUCUUUGCCGCCCAUGGAGCCGGAUACACGCGUGCUCUAAAUCAGGCUUUUGUCAGGGAUGAUUGAGCUGAGAUUGUGAACAAUCUAACCAUGAGCUCAAAGGACAGGAGAGACUCCACUGGGUUGUUAUGUGAGAGAGUGUGUAUGUGAGAGAAAGAGAGAGAGAGAGAGUCUGUGUUUUGUCAGCACAAAUCCGGCGUUGUGUCUUUGAACCGUGGAUAAAGUUGCAUCUUUCAAGACUUGCAGCAGAAGUUCUUUGUAUGCCUGUCUCAGAAGGUAUUCUGUUUUGACUUAACUUUUGCUUCUCUCCUCCGAGUUCAUACCCAACUUCCAGAGUUUCCUCUCUGCAAAAUUAAUUCCAAAGGCUUUCUACUUAUUGUAUCCAUGCAGUCAGCCCUCAUUACUGUGGGGUCUGUGGGAAUUAGCGUCUUUGCUCUUUAUUUUAAGAAAGCCUAGUGCUUAAAUUAGUCUUUCACUCAGUCUUUCACUCCUGGGGGUUAUUAUGUAUGUGCACUUGACUGUUUUUGCUGAUUUUCCUAUUCACUUAAAUGAAUUUGUGUUGCUUGCAUGUUUGCAUAUGUCAGCGGUAUUGUUUCUGGGCUAAUUUGCGAUGAAUCCUGGCUUCUGUUUGGUUAUCUAUUAUUACAUUUCUCCUUUAAAAAGUAAUGCACAACUUUUUUCUGUUUAAUUCAUGUCUCUGGGAGCCGAUGAAAAAGUCCCCUCUGGGAGUCGUCUGGUUGUAAGACGGACGAAAUCCUCUUGAGGGUCCGAGCAGUGAGGAUAAAGGGGUGUGAAAAGAAGGACGUUCACAGAAAAUGACAGCUUCACUCUGGAGUUAAAUGAUUAUAAACCCUGAAAUAUGUCACGGGGACCAGUAUUUUGUCCUUGAUUUAAAAGUACUGUUUUUUUUUUUUUUUUUUAACCAAACCAUUUAUCAUUUAGCUGAAGCAAAACAAACCUUGGAACAAAUACCAAAGAUUCCUUGAGUUGUAAAUCAGAAAUUACUUUCAGUUUCUGUUCAAAAGGUGGAACAAGAAUUGUUGAAACAAGUCGUUGAAGGUUGUCAAUUUAUUUUUAACAGUGCUCAAACAUAGAAGUUUGAGGUUUGUCACGUUUUUCGAUUGCAUGUUUCAAACUUGUUCAAAUUUUAACUGAUGUCAACAUGAUGUGCAGUUGCUCCAAGAUAACAGCGAUUACUAAAAGACCCACUCUGAUGAAAAUCAUGUUUUUCUUGUUGUCUACAUAUUCAUAUGGCAUUUUUCUGAGGCUACAGGACAUAUCAUAAGAAAAAAUAAGUGCAACAUUGCAUUUCUGAGGAUUUCUGCAUUCAAAUCGCUGUGAAUCUCUGGCAGACCCAAACAGAAGCUUCAGACACAGUAAGAUUUCCUAUGUCACAAGUCCAAGCUCCGCCCCCGGAGCCCCGCUAUGCAGGCCAGACUCUGAGAAGUAGAAAGGAUGAUUGCAGAAUAAGCGCGUGUGUUAGCGGAUUGCAAUGCUCCUAAGAAAGCUAAUGAUAAUAUUACCUUUCAUUAUGUCCUCAAAGACACUAGUGUCCAAGAGCUGAAUAGCUCCUAUGUUACCUGCCACUUCUACUACACCGGCAAUGUUAGGCUACAAACUAGCGUGAAGAGGAGCGUGAAGAGGAGUGUGCAGAGCAGCGCUGUCUCCGCCCACAACUCGGAGGCAAAUUGCUAUUGAGCUACUAUGUGUUCAGGCGGCCAAAUAGGCUUGGGCCAGGCGCCGAUUCAUGACAUCACACAAUAUGAUUGGCUGGAAUUUGGUUUGAAUGACGUAGAAGAUUGUUGUUUGGCCCGGACAUUACAGGAGCGUUUUUCGCCAGAUUAGGUUUCAUGGGAUUGUAGUCAUUUGGAGAAAAUAUGAACGAAUUUUAUGAAGCAAUUUUUUGUGACUUACAACAGCCGGACUAUCGCCUCUUUUAGGUGACUAAAGGAAAUGUGGGAUAAAAGCAAAACUAUCCAUUGAUAAACAGAGAUCCUGCGUACAUUUUCUUUCUAUUUCCUGUAAAACAGUUAACAUAUACAAAUAAAACCAUCUAAAAUUACGGAACAGUAUGUUGUAAUUCUCUGUAUUAUACAGGGAGAAAAUUUCGAGGUCAAUUGAACGAAUAAAUGGAAAUUAACAAAAAAAAAAACACAAAAGGCUUUUAGCCAAGAACAUUUGACUAAUUAAAAGCAGCCCAAUGUAGUUUGUCCGAGUGGACUUGCCGUAGUGUGACGUCUUCAACAGUCUUAAUCUGGCGGCCUGAACGCUUCUGGUACCUACACCAGUCCUGCUCAUGUGACACUACUGUCCACCAUGAUGCAAAGGUAUGACCUGCCCACCUGAGAAUGUCCCUUUAAGAUCUAAGUCAUGGGUCCAUUGUGGUUUCUUAUGCUCUAAAAUAGUGCGGUGAACGUUUUCGUGAAGCCAUUGACUGUCAAUAGCAUCUGAGUAGCUUUACCUGUAUGCUUGGCUUGGAUUUGGUGGUGGCUCAAACCAAAACCACUUGAGUGAGACCACUUCUCCAAAAGGCAGAGAUGUUUUAAAACCUCUCUGAUGUGGAAAUUAUUCAAAAAAACUAACGGGAGAUUUUGUAGAAAAAGACAACACCCACUGACUUUGGCUGCACGGUCCUUGAAUUUAAUGUUCAAGAGGAAUACUGUCCAUAUAAUGCGCCUCAUAUCACCUGCUAGCAGGCAUUUAAUGUGUGUUAAACCUUUUCACAUCAAUGCAUCAGUCUCUGAUUAGUUUUGACAGCUGAGUAUAACCUAAUGACUGGAGAAAAUUGGUGCAGUCUCCGUAGAAAUAGUUGGCGUUUCAUCCUGUUUUACUAGUGAUGGUGUAUCCAGUCAACCCACACGCUUAAUCACAAAAUUUUAAUGUGGAAUUAAUGCAAAUAAAGUGAUAGUUUUGGAGUAAAUCCAGCGCAAAAUGAGUAGUGUGUAGCGGUGAGUUUUUAUAGAUCGCCCAACUGGUAAUAAAAAACAAACACAUUCAGCCUGAGUGGAGCCGUGGAUCAGUUAUCUGCCUGAACAGCUUCAAAAGCUUCAUUUGUCCCAGACGAUCAUUUCCUGCUGGCGCGCAGGAGGUGCUUUUAUUAAAAACAAGAAGACGACAGGUUCAUUCCACUUGUUCACAGAAAAAAAUACAAGCCAGCAACAGAUGCUGUACCAGACGCAUCAUACAGUCCUCUACACUCCGCUAGGUUUGCUGCCAUUUAGUUAUUGUUUACCGAAAUAUUACAUAAGCUCAACUCUGCGCCUGAAUUCAACAGACAGCUCUCACAUCAAGUCUCUUCUUUCCGCACAGCUGGUGGAGGUUCUGCUGUUAGUUGGUAUCCAAAUAAAUUUAAUAACAACACUGUGAACAUUUGAGCUCUGAGUAGACCAGUUUGGAGGGUUUUGAGAGUGAAAUGCCUGAUAGGGAUUAAAGCUGCUCAAAAGUUUGAGGCGUCCUUUUUCAUUUUACUGGUUUUAUUACGGAUCUUCAGUGAUCGGGGCCAGUUUGGCACCAGGACUCUUCUACUUCUGAGCUAUGCUGUUGUGACAUGAGGUUGUCAGAUGGCUUCAGACCUCAGGACAGUUUUCCUCUUCACCUCAGUCCAUCGUAGAUGAUCUCGGUAAAGUUGUGGGUGCUACUGGUUUAUGGUAUUGCAUAAACCUCACAGAGUCAAGCUGUGACCACAAGUAUAACAAUUUUUGGGCGAUUUUGCCUUUAUCGAAAGUACAAGAUGAAAUGUGGGGAGAUAGAAAGAGAGGGGGCAGGACAUGCAGCACCUUAUCGGGGCCAGAUUCGAACCUGUGACCACUGCAGGGAUUGUGGUCCCCCAUACAUGAGGCGCACUAACCCACUCGGCCAUCUGUGCACCACACAGACAGAGAAUUUUGACAGUGGUUUUGAGCCCAUGCUGUGAUUCCCACUACAGAGUCAUGUCUGUUUUAGAUGCAGUGUUGCCUGAGGGCCAAAAUCAGAAUCAGAAUCAACUUUAUUGACCUCCACGGAGGACCAUCAAACAUAGAUGCGCAAGUAUUGCACAUGAUUAAAGUGACCUGAGUGUUAAGAGGAGUUUGGCUUUGCAUAUUCAGAGGAAGGGCCAUAAGAAGUUCAAGGUUAGACGACUAUGACGACAAAUAUAAUACAAUUUAAAAGUAUAAAAGUAGGGUACUAAGACCACGAGACUAGAAAAGACAAGAAAAUGUUAAAAAGACUAAGACCACUGGACAAACAGUGUAAGAAUAAGAUAAAGUGCAUGAGUACCAGUUAUAAAUCAACAUAAAAAUAAGUGUAAAAUAGGAAUUGAGAUUGGUGUUUGGCAGGCAUUGGUUUUUGGCUUGUACUUGCUUUUAACAUUUGACUAUUUUACUUAUUGAUAUUUAUUUGGUUUAUUUUAUUGCUAUAUUCAAAUUGUGUGCUUUAUGUAAAGUGUCUUUGAGUAUCAUGAAAAGCACUAUACAAAUAAAAUGAAUUAUUAUUAUUAUUACUGUACUCAUCAUACUGUAGAUGAUGAUUUUUCAUUAUCACAGAUUUUUGUUUUCAUUAUUACAAACACCUUGAAAUAAUUUACAAACCAUAUAAAUCAUCAUUUGUCGUCCUGCAUUCCUACAUUUCUUCUCUGUGAUGGGGGUUGUUAUUCCCAUAAAACCACAGCUUACUCACAGACUGUCUUGAUACUGGAGCAGAGCUGUAACUCCAGGUUUGGGCUUCAGGUUUAUUUAGUGCUGUAAUAGCAGGUUUCUUUAUAACAGAGUACAUUGCUGGCUGCACUUCACCUCCUCCUGAGCGGGUUGUUUUUCAGUUCUUACAAAAGCACCGACUCCUGCUCUGUUCGGUGUUAUGAUCCUCGUGUUUUGUGAACAGAUUGUUUGGGUGCAGGUGGUCAAGUGUGUUCAGACUCAUACAAGAGGUGUCCCUCGGAUUUGGGCGCCGUUGGUCUAGCCUUCUAAAUUUAUGGAGAUUAUGAUCUUUAAGUGGACUGUUUGGGUUGGGCAUUUUCUGCUCUAUACACCGUCCCAUCGACUGAAAUAACAAGCCAAAUAAUAAUAAUAGAUGCCAGUGACGCCUAGCACCUUUAUAAAUAAGCUGAAAAAGUAGACCUACUUACCCUCUGAAAUUAUAUUUUCAAGAGUUUGUUCUCUGAAGUAUGUUUUGUACCGGUGAGGUUGCAGCUGAAAUAAUGAAGCUCCAUCAAUCACACAUGCUAUUCAAACACAUCUAAGCAACACAGUAACUCAACGUGACGGACAGAUGUGAUUUUACUAAGAUAAAAUCAUGGAGCAAUCAUGACUGUGGAGCUUAAAGGGACAUUCCGGUGUAAAAUUAAGUUAGGGUCAAACACACCAUAACAUCCAGUCUAACCAACUUUAGUAACGACUGUACGAUAGCAAUACACAGAGCCACGCGCUCAACCAAAACACCACUCUAUAGCCACUAAUAAUGCUCAGAACAGCACCUAACUUCAUCAACAGGACAUAUAGGGUCCCAGCCAUAGUACUAGCCAUCAAGCAUCUUUUUAACUUUGCCUGAUUUCUUUAGCAAAGAGACUAAACACAACUCACCCACUCUCUUCCAGCAGCUGCUUGUUUGUACAGAGACCUCCGGGCGAGUCCAUCGACUGCAAUGGGGUGUCGCAGCUCAAGGAAGAACAUUUAUGAUCAUUACUUUAUCAUUUCCUUAAAGUAAUAAUCAUCAUAUUACUCAUUUUGCAUUGUAGUUCUUUUGCCUUAGCGUCUCGGUCUGAUUGCAUUUCCAUGAAGAAUUGAUCAUAAAUGUUCUUCCUUGAGCUGCGACACCCCACUGCAGUCGAUGGACUCGCCCGAGUGGCUGCUGGAAGAGAAUGUAUGAGCUGUGUUUAGUCUCUUUGCUAAAAAAAAAACAGGUAAAGCUAAAAAGAUGUUUGAUGGCUAGUGCUAUAGCUGGGACCCUAUAUGUCCUGUUGAUGAAGUUAGGUGCUGUUCUGGGCAUUAUUCGUGGCUAUAGAGAGCCUUUUUGGUUGAGGUUUACGCAUAGAGAGGUAGACCGCUGCUAUCGUGUGGUCGUUACUAAAGUUGGUUUGACUGGAGAAGCAAGCAGUCGGCAAUAUUCAUCUCUCAACGGAGUGUCUAUCUCGGUGUUAUGGAGUGUUUGACCCUAACUUAAAAUUACACCGGAAUAUCGCUUUAACCAGCACAUUUAUACAGUAGAUUUUUGUCAGCUGUUUGUUUCCUGCAGCUUUGUUUUAUCUAGCUGAUAUCAUCAUAUAAGUUUCCUUAUAUUUCUUCUCGCUCUAAAGUUUGUAAAAUACAUUGUUGUGCUCGAUUCUAUGGUGCCAACAUUGUCUAUUUUACUUGAGCAGGUAUAAGUGUUGUUUGAAUGCUUAUUGUCAAAGUCCAGGUGGAUGAAAUGAAAGGAUAGCCGAGUUGCAUUAUACUGUAGUGUUUUCAUUGUGCGGGCCUCUGGUGACGAGCACAAAGCACACAUCACAGGUGCUAUUUUCAUGAAUUUACAGAGCAAACUGCAGAAUUAUUCCACUCAGCUCACCAGCAUAGACACAAGGACACCCUGAUGUUUGCUGCACAGACUGUUUGUUCAGACAAACAGCGGCUUUUUGACAAUCUGGUCAAUCCCUGCAUACACGGCUCGCGGCUUGACUGUCCACAGGCUGCUGUAUGUACACAUCUUUCCUCAAAUACACACUGAAAUCCAAAAAUACAAGUGAAGGGGGAAAAACUAGGGAGAGAAAGUUGUCUCUUUGGAGUCAAUUGAUGCCACUCUUCUUUUCUUACUCCUACACGGUUAACCUGUUCUCAGUUAAUUAACCUGACUCAGAAUUGGUGUGUAAAACCAAGUGGCCUUUCUGCCUCCAUCUGGCGCCUCCAACACGCCCACCCACGGCGGAGAACUCGUCUUCUUUUUGCUGUGCUGGAGCUGUCUUAUGUGACUUUGGAUGCAACAAAAAUCUCUGAAACUUUCCAUGAUUAUGUUCAAAAAAGCUUUCGUGUGAUGGAUUGCCAUGUGUGCAAAACUGACGCACUGAUUGGUUAAAUAAGAUGGCCAUAGCUUCUAUAGGUUGGCUGGCUGGUAAAUGACCCUCUCUCAGCUUCAAAUCAACAACUUCUGCCAACGUAUCUGGCACGUCGCUUCGUGUCACUGAACCGCCUCCUAGAUUUGUGCUAGAGUCCUCCUGGGACGAGACAAGCUCAUGCUAACUGAAUGUGUUUUCUCCUCUCGAGCUGCAGUAAUUUAAUAUCCUUCAGCCCUCAGUAGCUUACUUGGGGUGUCAUAUAUUCUCUGAGAGAGAAUUUACACCUCCCACACAGCCGCAUCAGUUUCCUCUGGGGAAAGUGUUUGUGUUGAGACCUGCUCUUCUCUGUCCUCUGUGUCAUCAAUUUGUCAGACGGCCACGGGGCAAACCGCUGCCUUAUAUAAAGGAGAUUACGUGAUUGGUCAUGAUAAAACUGAACACAAAAACUGACAAUUGUGAUCCCAUUGAAGUUGGGUUUUCAGCCCCCUCCCUCCCCACAAAAGCACAGCAAUAUCACCAGAAACGUUUAAGCUUGCACGUGCGUGUUGUGACAGAGAUUUGGGUUGUGUCUCAUUGAUUUGAAACCAAAGCCAGAAGAAAGGGAAGACAAUGCUGCAGAGACGAGGGUUUAAAACCAGUGUAAGAUCCAACGGUUACACUUUUAAACAACUUCCACCCACAUUUAGAUUUCUUUUGUGAGGAUAUUUGAGGUGGAAAAUUAGGCUUGUCCUCAGUUAGCUUAUGUUGCUGGAUAUUAUAUCAAUACAAAUGCAAAUUAUUGAGAGUUUAUCUGAUAGCAUGUGACCUGGAUGAGGUGUGACUUGUCGUGCUCCAUGUACAGACUUAUCGACGAGAGCUAGACAAAGUCAAGACAGGCUAAGUCAAUACUGUGAUCUGGUUUGUGGUUUCUUGGUGUCUGUUUUCUUCAAUUUGUUUGAGGUCUCUUUCAUCCUGUUUCUGAACUACUUACCUAUCCUGUAGUUUCUUCCCUUUCCUGUCCUUGUUUGCUUCAAUUUUGUGCUCUCCAAAUGAGUUUGUUACGAUGAGUUUGAUCCCAUCGGUAACUUCUCAUGGGGGUUUCGACCAAUCAGAAUCAACUGACGAUAACUCUUAAUGUGGCUUAAAACUCUGUUGUGAAGCUUUUUUAAUGCCCUGUUUCUUGCAAUCAACAACUGUGGUUAUGACCAACAUGAAAGUGCACACACCCCUGCUCCUAGUGAAAAGUUAGCUCAAAGUCAAGCUAGAUGUGUCAAAGAUAGAUCACCCUAACAAUGAGCAGCUCAAAGAUUAGCUCUCUCGUCUUAAAAUGACAUUUUGUAGCAGCACUUAGCUUUUUCUUUUCAAGUGGCGCCUUAUGCUUCAGACUCUAACCCCUAAUCAUCGGCAUUUCCCAAACUAAACCAAAUACAGCAUCUUACCAUAGAAUCAUGGGCAAGUAUUUGGUUUAAAAUCCAAGAAAAGCCGGUGUAAAUGGACUGUAUUUAUGUGGCUGUCACAUUCAGCCUUUCAUACCAUAACACUGAUGGCAGAGGAUGCUAUGUCGGGUGCCAUCAGUCUUUACAAGUCAUAGUAUUGUAUGUUUUACAGCUAAAAUGAUAGGUUAUUAAAUUUUUAUCCAUUUUCUAUUAUCCGUUGCUGCAUAAGGAUUAAAAUCUGUAGCCCUGAGAACUAAAAAACACACGAUUUCUCGUCUGAAUAUUUGGCUGAAGGUCCAGACUCAUCUGCUUCUUAAAGAAUGAUGUGAGGGAGUUUUGUGUCUUCAUUUAUUAUAAUAUAAGGACUAAAGGUGGAUGAAAUGGCGACCAAACAAACACAGAAAGUAAAUUACACUCUGUUAUCUUGAUUUCUGGCGGUAUUAGCCAUUCAGAGCACAUGCCAGGUGCCAUAAAUCCAGCUAUGGCUGCUGUGAAACACAAUGCUCAGUAACUCAAUGAGGGCCCUGAGCGCGUUCCUGCACAACAUUGAAGUGAUAAAUCAGUGGGCUUGAAAUCAUUGUAUGAUACUGACUGCAGCUCCAAAGAGAUAAGAAUGAAAGCUAGUUUCCAUCAUUCAAGGUAGCACUGGCAAAUAUCGACUAAUGUCGCUAACUUUGGUCUACAAUUGAACUGAACUUGAGGGAACAGAAAAAUCUGGGAAAUUGCUUCGAAUUGCAUCCCUUAGCUUCAGUUAACUCAUCAUAACUGCACAAGGCUAGCUGAAAGGGCAGCACGAUUUAUCGAAUUUAAAGCCUAAUCGGGUUUUUUGAUUAUGACAGUUUAAAAAAAAUUAAAAUCAUCAAAUUGAUUUUCCUCUCUAUCACGUCUUGCGCCUCCAGGCCACCUUAGACACUUACUGGUUUGGCAUAUGUACUACAUCGUUUUCAGUGGUCUCGCUUUAAAAGAUGGUAGAAAAACUUUUUAUUUGAGUGAAGUUUGAUGAAGAUGUCACUGAAUAAGAAAUCGAAAAUGAAAAUCGAGUUUUGAGAGGAAAAAAAUUGGGAUUGUAAUUUUGUCCAAAAUCGUGCAGCCCUACUCGCUGAUCAAGACUGCUCAAGCUGGUGGAAUAACAUCUGUGAAUCUUUGACCAGUUCUCCAAAAUUGGCUUCCCAAUGUUAAAGCAAAGACUUAAUGCCGAUCAGUCUAUUAUGACUUUGACACCAUUAGCCGUUCAAUGCUAAAUUAGGGGCGAACUCCCGUCCUCUGGGCCACGUUGGAAAAACAAGUCCACAUCUGACAGCAGCUAUUUAGUUACCACUGCUCUCAUUAAAUUUGUAGUCCUAUAACAACAUUGUGUCCAUAUUAUGAAAAAUGUUCACCAAGCAAUAACAUGAAGCCUCGGGUGUGUUUGUAAUUGAAUAGGACAUGCUUACUCUGUCAUCACGGUGUAUGUUAUGGGCAUCAGUGGGCACUGUAAUGGGUAAACAAAACCUAGACAUGAAUAUGAUAGAUGACACUGCCGCUCACUCAUUAGGCUUUUACUCCAGGGAUCCUUAUCGAGGCUCAAUUUUCAGCCCAGUAGCUCACAAAGUCAUUCUCCUAAAUAUGAUUUGCAUAAUGGAGAAGUCUAAAUUGUGCGUAAUAUAUCUCUCGUUUCUCAAAAGAGGCGAUAGUGAAGGGGAAGGAUGUUAAUCUCAUUCUGCGUGACAUUCAGUCACGUGCUCCCUCUUUCUAUUUUAUCAUCCCUCCCCUCCCUCUUUCACUCUCUCUUUGUAUAUUUAAUCAGUCUGUAACUUUCUCAGUAUGGAUUAUUAUGAUGUGCUUCUGUUUCCUCCUUUUAGGUGACCGAAACAAGGACGGGCCCUCUUGGAUGCAGUAACUAUGACAACCUCGAUUCUGUCAGCUCCGUUUUGGUUCAGAGCCCCGAAAACAAGAUUCAUUUGCAAGGUUGGCCAUCCAUAAUUGAACUCCCCCAAUUUCUGAUGGAAUUGUCACAGUGUCUGUUCUCUGGCAAGCUUAUAACUGCAGCAUGAGAAUGUCAGAACGAAUUUAGCUUCAAUCACUCUUUGGCUUCUUUUUCACGUUUUUCUCUUUUUUUUUUUUUUUUUUCAUGCAUGCUUGCAGAGUUCUGAAGUGAAUCCCAGACAGUAAUGAUUCAGAACCAAAGUAGCAGAAGUGUGCAGUAAAAAUAAAACUUUAAGUGAAUCUCAGCAUACUGCAUGUGUCACCGAGCAUAUGUCAGGCGUGGCAAAAAAACAGAGAAAAUGAGUUCCAGCCCCUGGUGAUUUACAGAUCCAGCGUAACAACAGCCAUAAACACAUUUUCUGCAGUAACUAAAGCACUUACAGCUCCCCUCUUCAUUCAUCCAUGUGACAUUUCCAUGUUUUUUGUCCUGGUUUUGUCCUUGCCUCAGGCCUGCAGGCCAUACUGCCAGACUACUUGAGAGCCAGGUUUGUGCAAGCGGCGCUCAGCUACAUUGGAUGUAACGAGGAGGGCCAGUUCGUGUGCCGAGACAAUGACUGCUGGUGCCAGUGUGCCGUGGACUACCCACAGUGUAAUUGCCCCGAGGUGGAUCUAAAGGCUAUGGAAGCCAGUUUGCUGAAAAUCCGAGACUCCUGGAACAUGGCCAACCAAGACUUUGAGGAGUCAGGUCGGUUGUUUUUCCUCUCUUCUUUUGCUCGUCUUAAAUUGCUGUGACCCUCCCACUGACAGUAAAUUAGACCCUAUUGUUAGACAGGCGGAUGGGGCGGGAAACAAAGACAGAGAGGCCAUGAAAACAAAGAGGCAAUUACACCCAAUCCACGUAAUGGGGAUUCAUCACUACACAGAGGAGACAUUUUUUAAAGCAGCAUCUUGCAAAAUGAUACUAAAACAGCAAAAGGCGUCUCAUAGCUAUUAAAAAGAAGGGCUCAGAUUUGAUGGAUUCUCCCAAGUCUCGCUGUUAGGUGCGGAAAUCACCUAUAAAUUCUUACAUACACAACCAAAUGUAAAAGUGUCCCAUAAAUGUAAAGCAUGUUUGCAUAUUUUUAUUUUUCAUUUUACGACAUCAUAUGUUAUGGCGUCAUAAAAUCCCUGCAAAAUGCUUUCAGAUUUUUGCACAGGCUGAGCAUUUGUCGGACAAGCUGCCACUUUAAAUGUUUGAGGAAUUAAAGGUACUUCAUCACAUCGAUGGAAAAAAACCCUGUAAAUCCAAUAUUACCAUAAAGCAGCCCUGUUUAUUGAUUUGCAACGUGUCCCUCAGUGGCCUUAUGCAGACAGAGAUAUUAAAGGCAGAGCUGAGUCAGUAGAAGCAGCAGAGAAAUCCCUAACAGUUGACAAAUCUGUCAUCUUGCAGUGUACAUUGUGGGCACACCAAACACUCUCCCUCUGUAAUCAAACAACCGCCCCUGCUGCCAUUUGGCGGGCCUGGCUGUGCACAGAAAUUGCAAAGUGCAUGUCUCAACAUUUAAACAAAAGGGGCUUCAUGCGCAGUGACAUGCAAUUCAGUCAAAUGAAGGUUUUUCAGUCAGGGAGACAAACUACUACUCUCGGUGUGAUCUGUGACAUUUCUGUGAUGUAAGACUUUGGUGCUCAGCUGUGGCUGUUUUAUUGCUUAACCUUGUUUAACACCAGCCGGCUAACAUGGCACGGAAAUGUCUUUUCUUGAGGACAAAGAAUCAACGAUACAGGGAAGAUAUCGCUCACAGUAAACUUUGGUGCAGAAGACACACUUUUGAUAGAUUUCCCUUCACUGAAAAAGUAGGAUGCAUCCUCUAUACUUAUGCAACCAGGGUGUUUAAAUUUAAAUAGCUUCUCUCCCACAUUAAGAAUAACAAUAAGAAGAACUUUAUUAAUCCCCGAAGGGAAAUUCAGUUCUGUUGUGUCACAUAAUAUGUCUCUAAAAGUUAUCUACUAUUUACACAAGAGUUAUAAAGUCUGAUGGCUGUGGGUACAAAAGAUCUUCUGAUCGUCCACCACCAUUGGUCCUUUGGUCCAUCAAGGUGUUGUGAAGUGGGUGAUCCAUGUUCUUGAGGAUAGUCUCCACCUUCCUCAGUGUAGAUCUCUCCACCACAUCCUCCACUGAGUCCAGCUUGAGUCCAACCACAGAGCCAGCCUUUUUCACCAGUUUGUUAAGACAUCUUGCAUCUUUGUGUUUGAUACUUCUCCCCAAAAGCAUAAAACAGAACACUGUAGACACAACAGACUGAUAAAACAUCUGCAGCGUCUUACUAUUGAUCGGAGUGUUCUCAGGCAAAAGAGGCGGCUCUGCCCCUUUCUGUAGAUGAAGUCUAUAUUCUUAGACCAGUCCAACUUAUUAUCCAGAUGUACACCUAGGUAUUUAUAUGAUGUCACCACUUGGAUGACAUCAUGUCGAAGAGGGGGUUUGGCUCUAUGGAAGUCUAUGACCAUCUCCUUUGUCUUUGAGGUGUUGAGGAAGAGGCAGUUUUUGUGACUCCAGUCACUGAAGGCUCUUAUUAGAUCUCUGUAUUCAGCUUCUUGUCUAUUUCUGAUACAUGCCACAAUAGCGGUGUCAUCUGAGUAUUUCUGGAUGUGGCAGGACCCAGUGCUGUAUUUGAAGUCUGAUGUAUACAGUGUGAACAGGAAUGGCGCCAGCACUGUCCCUUGUGAAGCCCCUGUGCUGCUCAUUAAUAUUCCCAAAACACAGUUCCCCAGCCUGACAAACUGUGGCCUUCCUGUCAGGUAAUCUGUGAUCCAGGAAACACAGGAAGGAUCCACUCCCAUCUCUGUGAGCUUGUCUUUGAGUAUGGUGGGUUGGAUGGUGUUGAAUGCACUUGAAAAUUCAUUUGAAGAAAAUUAAGUAAAGAAAAGUUAAGUUAAUUAACCUUGUUGAUUGAAAAUACUCUAGUUUAAGAAAUAUUCAGGGUUGAGAGGGUUGAUACAAUCUCAGCCUGUCUGUUGUGGGCUGCAGGUCUUGUCUGUAUCAUGAAACUAUCGGUGCCUAGCAUCCCCAGACAUCAUUUCAAAGCUGCUAAAAGACCUUGGAUACAGCAGACCAAUCAUGCUCCUUUAUGUAGAAACAGGUCCGGCUUUAUGAAUGACAGCUCAGGUGUACCACUGAUGGCAGCUUCCCCUGCAGGAGGCUCCACUGAAUCUGCUGCUGCAGCUGUUUUUAAGGAUGUUAAUGAUGUAUUUUCAGAUGCAUGCUGAUGUCCGUUUAUGUUUGCCGUAGCUCCGUGUUGUGUCACACGCUGCGUUUCAAUCGCCGCCUGAGGCAUGUCUGCGUGGGGCUGCUGCUAAUGCCUCCAUUAACUAAGGUGAAUUGAUCUGGUGAUGCUAAACUACUUUCAUCCCGUUUGGUUAACAGGCAAGGUAGUGAUAAUAGAUGGUACCAAACAGAGCUACACAUCGCCAUAGAAACCACACAUUGCUGAACACAGUGAAAGUUAUGCAGGAGGACGGUUCAAUCCUUUUUUUCUUGCUGAGGGCCCCCCAAAAACAAAUUGCAUAAUAUACCAAUGUGAUUGAUUUUACAGGAAAAAGAGGGAAAAUAUUUUUUUUUUAAAAUAAGCAAGUUUUACUUGGCAAGAUUUCAAAACAAUCCAACAAGUAACAAUGCCCACAGGCGUCUUUAUGGGUCUAGACUAUGAACAUAAAGAAAAGACUAGAGAGAGUUUUCUUCGAGAGGAAUGGUUGAUUAAAAUAUGUAGAGUUCAAAGCUUUAAUACCUAACUGGUACAGUCCUUGACAAACAUGCAAGUCAGACAAAACUAGGGAGAAUCCAGGGUCAGGGGUCAGGGGUUGUACCCUAACACUGAGAAAAAUUUUGACAUUUUUCCGAAUUGUUUUUGUACCUAUCAACUCCAAAUGGUCUGAAAUGUGCUCCCAAAUAGGUCCUGGACAGUGAUUUUAACCCUAACCUCUAACCCUGACCCUUAACCUUACCCUAAACACUAAGAAAAACUGUCCGAUCUUGCUAUAGAGGGUAGCAGUCCUGGACAAUCCCAUUCACUUGAAUGAGGAUUUUUUAAAUUGCCCAUAACUUUUGAACACAAAAUCAUAGAGACUUGAUUCCGGUACAAGUGAACCCGGAGAACAUGCAAUAAGGUGGUUUGGUCCUGGUUCCAGAUCUCUAUCUCGAUUUGAGGAUUGCCGAAGAUCACCGGUCAGCGAUUGUGUUUUAAACCCUCAUACCCAAUGCAACCCUAGCAGCAAAGUUUUGGCUUUUUUUCUUAAUCUUUUUUUGUGCCAAUCAAUGCCAAAUGGUCUGAAACUUGCUCCCAAAUAGGUCCUGGACAGUGAUUUUAACCCUAACCCCUAACCCUGACCCUUAACCUAACCCUAAACACUGAGAAAAACUGUGUUUGAUCUUGCUUAAGAGGAUAGCAGCCGUGAACAAUCCCAUUCACUUGAAUGAGGAUUGUUUUAAAUUGCCCAUUACUUUUGAACGCAACGUCCUUGAGACUUGAUUCCAGUAGCAGUGAACUCGGGUAACGUGAAUUUGGGUGGUUUAGUCCUGGUUCCAGAUCUCGAUCUCAUUCCCUUGAGAAUUGCCGGUCAGUGAUUGUGGUCAAAACCCCUAUGCCUAACAUAACUCUAGCACUCCUAUUGUUUUUUGUUUUUUUUUACCUGUCGACUCCAAUUGGUCUAAAACGUGCUCCUAAAUAGGUCCUAGACAGUUUUUUUUUUCUUCACAUCCUAAAAAGUAUAAAAAGACGAACAUGUUUGUCUGGCGAUUGUGAAAGUAAUGCAUAUAAAAUGUGAGAUUGGUGCAGCAGAAGUUGCCUGCCUGGACUAGCUCAGAGGAUUUAGUCCAUUUAUAUUCAUUUAUUGAUUAUCUGUUUGGACAGGUGAUGAGAUGUAAAAGAUUAGUUACUUGUGAUGAGAAAUUCAGGCUGAAAAAAGGAGCUGACUGUACGCUGCUGUGAUUUACUAAAUCUAGUUUAAAAUAUUCAGUUUUUCAUGAAUAAUAAUCACAUUUCAGUGAAGAUUUUCAAAGAUGUAAACACUUGAAACUUGGGAAAUCUGGUAAGCAGAGGUUUCUUGUCAGACAAACUCGCACAUUAAUCCUACAUCGAUUUGUCUUUUCGAAGAGCACCGGCUUUAAGCAAACUAUCCACACAUGGAGAGUGUGAGAAAAGCAUUUCACACCAGCUUUCUGCAAGGCUUUGGAUAAUUAAUACAAAAGGCACUCUGUAUGGUGCACACUUUUCCUUGAAUGUUUCACCUUCACGCUAUCAUUCAUUCAGCAGAGUGUUCCCUACAUGCUUCUGUUCGUCUACCUCUGCUGUUAUUGAAACUUCAGGCUGCAUCCACAGGCUCUGAGGGCAUCUGGCUGUUUCAAUCACUCCACCGCCCGCCUUCAGCUGUUCUCUGCGCACCUUGCUGGCUGAGCACGUUAUUACUGGCUGCAUGCUCCCGUACUAAGGGCGACUUGAUUAGCACACCGCCGCAAUAACCUACACAGCAAGGUGCCCUGAGAACUGGAAACGCCGUAUUGCAUUAAAUACAGAAAAAUAAGUGCAAACCGUUGAAACCCUGGGGAUCCAUGUGAUCUUUUAUAGAGGAGAGAUUAAUUGUAAUUGCUGAUUAGUUAAUCCACAGUCAUGUAAUGAUGUUCAGACUGACCCUGGCGUUACUCUAAGUGGAGUUUGCUGUGAGGUUACGAUGUACUUUGCAGCAGAAGGAGUGAGAAAGUCUUGGUUAUUCCCACAAAGAGUCUUUUUUUUUAAACCCAAUUAAAUGCUUUAACCUUAAAUCAUAUUGAAGCCAAUGCCUACAAAACUAAUAAGAGAUUUCAAUCUCUGAAAUGUUGGUUUGGAUUUAAUCCUCACUGAGUCAUUCAAACGAACACAACACAAAACCUUUUUUUUUCAGUAGGUACUAGUCAUCUAUGAACGAACCUGCCAAAGCUUGCUGAGUGUGUUUUGAUUCGUUUGUACCUUCAGCUAGGAGAUAAUCAGACUUUUUUCAGGUCCAAAUUUUCCCCUUUCUGACCAAAAUCAGCAAAGGCCCAAUUAUCAAAUGGUUCUGAAAAUUAUCUAGCAGGAUUAUAAUGAGGUAUACGGUCUGUUACGAGUGAUUUUCAUUCCUCCAAUCGCCAUGAAAGACUAUCGAAGCAACCCAGACCUAAAGUCGUAAAUAUGGUUCCAUAUCUAUGAUCAGGAAUCUAUAGAGGAGAGUUUAUCAGGGGCGAACAACACAAUAGCCAAUCAGCAAGCAAGCUGAGUAAAAAAGGAUACAAUCAUGGCGAUAAUAGUAAAUACGAAGCAUAACCAUGUGGAGCGGUCUUCAAUCUCAACCAUUCUGCGACAUAGUUGGCAUGACUCUUUGCAAAAGAAACCACCUUCAUGUGAAUUAGGAUAAUGCACCUACAGCCAUAAAAUCUCAUAGAUGAAGAAGCUUAUCUUUAAAAAUAACAUUGUUUAUUUGACUAAACUAUUAAGGUAAUACCAAUAAAAAUCAAUUUUACCCCCAAAAUAAUUGAAAGGACAGGCUCUGCCCUCUUGACUUUGGGCUGCCGUUGAAUAUCUCACAUUAAACCAGGCGACUGAGGAAGCCGUAAUGAAGCACAGAGGAAAGGUUGGACCAACUGUCAGACAUGGCAGCUGUACCAGCAAAGCUCCAGCUCCCGGUGUCCCGGAGUUUUCUGCCAAAGGAUGUUUGAUUAACUAACACAAAAUCGGCCAGCAAGUUUGAGGAGAAACAGAGCUGCCCUGGUGAUGUUCAGCCACAGCUGAAACUUAAUGGUUUCACUUCACAGCAAAAAGACAUGUUUAUGCAAUUGGAGUCACUAAGCAGCUCCAUGUUAAUGGAAUAAUUUAAUUUAGUUUGACUGGGGUUAACUUGGAGUCACUAAACAACUUGUUCCUUUAAUUAUUCAACGAGCUCUGCUCAGUUUUGAAUUUGAAUUAAUUCUUUUAAAAAAUCACUUUUUCAAACGCUCAUUAAGACUCCUCGUCGUGACUUUUCUGACAAUUGUUUUUAUUGUUGUCACAGCGUCUCAACAUGGAGUUUACCUUUAAAACAGGUCUGCUCUCAGUGUCAUAGCCAAGCAGAAAACCUCUUGUCUUGAGAAAUGAAGCUGGAGAAAGUGCCAAACGCUGCACUUCCUUCAGUGUCCACUUGAGGCUGGCUCCAGAAACACCAGGAAUCACAUACACACCCAUUUAAAAAACCUCUACAGCAAAAAUAAUCAUGUUUGCAGCCUGGAACAACAAAAUCAUACUCGGCCUGGACAGCUCAUUUCUGUUUUUGUACACCAUGUGGGGGGUGAAUUUUUGAUGAGUUGUUGCUUUUGUUGAUAUUAAGAUUAGAAAUUAAGCAUAUUCAGAAAUGCAGCUGACUUGACUAACAGGCAGACACUAUUUAGCUGUUGGCUAAGAGGCUAAAAACCACCUCACCUUUGCCUCUUGUUAGGUCAAAGUGUGGUGGAAGUGAACUGCGUCAGGAGGUCAAGUCUACAUGUUUGAUGCCAGUAUGAAAAUAUUUUCAUUUACCGAAAGGCACCCUGCAGAAACAGUCUAAGAACCACCGGAUUAGGAGAAUCUCUGUUGGUGUAACACAGGCUGAACUGAGAAGACUCAGAGUUUCUGUAACGCUCCAGUUCUCAGAGUUUGUAUAAAUCAGUCAUACUCAAAACAGUGUGUCAAAGAAGAUGGUAAACCAAGAUCUAUUGACUGCUGAGUACAGUGUGUACCAAGCCAGAGAGGGAACCGUAAACUGAAGAAACUCAAGAUGGCGUGUUUUUGUCCUAAUCCUAAUAACUAUAAUAAUAAGUCAUAAUAGUGCAAAUAUGAGGCGUGUUAAAGCUGCUAUGAGGAGCUUUUGGUGUGAGUUGAUGUUGAUGACCCCUACUAACAAAAUAUCUACUCUCAUAUAUUGUAAUUUUUUGGACAAAAUGCUCAUCUUGUUCUCUUUUAAAGUGAAAGUUAUCUCUUGCUGUGAGUUUUAGUGGUGUUCGUAUUUUUGGAAAAGCUUUUUUAGCAUCAAUCAUCCAGUUUUCAAGCAUCAAAAUUACCGCAGUGAAAUUAUCCAACUUGUUGCUGAUGGUUUUGUUCACUUUUAAGAAUUAGUAUCAGUCUUUGCCUUUUUCUAAAAAAGUUUAAAAUUCCUCUCUGUGCCUUUAACCUGAUAAAUCCAGCUUCAAGUCUUAUUCAAGAUACUAAAUGAGACCUGUAACAAGUGGGACAAUUAGGUGUUUUUUACUCAUUUUUAAGCGGUACAGGUCUAAUUUGUGGUUUAUAGUGUCUCAAAGUCGGAUGGUUAUCUGGAUAUUUCAGGGGAGCGUGGUUUGCAUAAAUCUAGAAAGACAUUUUAAAAGAAAUACGACUAAAACAAAGAAGUUUCGGGUUUUGUGGAUGAAUUUGAGAAAUGAAAGAGGUCUUGGUCAAAACCUACUCUGCACUUUGUGAGGCAAAUGUGAGUAUUUGUUUGAAGAUUAACAAAGAUUGUACUACACAUAAUUACGUAAGGGUAACCUUAUAAUUAAGCGUUUUGAAAAUCAUCUUUCCAAACAAAGCCUCUUUAUUCAACAAUUACCCUCCAGCAAAGCCUCCCUCUGAAUGUUACUUUGAAUAAUGGCCACACACCACCGUAUUUGUUCUCUCCUAAAUCUGACAGUGUCUUCUAUUUUUAAACGGAUCCAAAAGGGAAGUGCUGUUACCUUCCUGCGUUUAGCAGCUGACAGGAUAAUAAGGGGGGGUAGUGACAGUGUUUCCAGGGAUGAGCUGUUGUUGACUUGGUGAUAAAACGAUGGCCGGGUUGAGCUGCAGUUUGCGGUUUCUACCUUCUGCAGGAAACGCUAUGAAAGGGUGAGAUUAUUUUCCUGAAAUGUGUUGAAAUCAAUAUCAUCAAAGAUACACAGUCAAGUUACUGAGGAGGCCCUGUGAUUGUUAUUUCCGUGUGUUUCUUUCACUUUCACACUUUGCCUGCAUUGUCUUGUCAGGAUUUGUUUUGUUCAGGAUGUUACUUGUAUUUUUUAGCUGUGCAAUCAUCUUCAAGAAAGAAACGAUAGAUUUGUUGCUCUAAUGGUUAAUAUCCAAGGUUGUCCUUGGUGAGUGUAGGGAUUUUUGCAUCAAUGCAGAGAAGUAGGGCGCAAGGUGGGAAAAAUAUGAUAAUCAAUAGAUAUAAACCUCGCCCACCUGAGAGCAACGGAUUGCAUCAGAAUCUUUCAUACCUGCGAUAGAGUCGGUGAGAAAUUCAGCGCAGAGCAGCCGUGCAUGUUUGCACAAAUCGAUUAACAGACUGGAGGAAAUUUUCUCACGGUUUGUAUUUUUACACUGUAAAUCUUAGAAUAUAAGGAAUCACUUUACGUUUACUGGAACUGGUGUUUAUGAAACUUAGGGCCUGUGUCCACUAGGUGAAUUUUUCUGGUAGCAGCCCAGUGUCCUCUCUCAGCAACGUAAAUUAUACAUUACAUUGUAGAGCUCCCCCUACUGCCUUGCUUUAAUAUGGACCACAAACCCCGCCUCCUUCAUGUUAAUUUAAAAAUACACAUCAAAUAAUUAUUUCUCCAACAUGGUUUCUGCUAUUGAAGUUAGUUUCUAUGAUUCUGCUUUAUGCCGGAGUGCUUAUAAUGAAUUUGCCUUUGGGGGAUCAAUAAUUUUCUUGUCUUGUAUUGUAAGAUAUUAUUCUUCUGAUGUACUAAGUGUUAAAAAGAAAAUAAGCUGUUGUUGUAUUUUAUAUCAGAUUUGCAGAGCAGGAGAAAAUUAACCAAACACUUAUAUAAGAGUGGUUGAACUUUCCAUAGCCACGAGUUUCUGCUUCAAACCAACAUGAACAUCAUUUUUUUAGUGGACUCCAUCCUCCUGAAGGAUGAUAUUUGACUUUUUAUCAAUGUUUUUUUUUUUUUUUUUCCCACAAAGGGUGGAAAUAAAGGCACAUUCUGACAGUUUGGGUAACAAACCAAGGUCGUGUUUUUUUUAUUAUUUUUUUAAUAUAUAUAUUGUAGGAUUUUUUUUUAAAUUAUUAUUAUUUUGAAUAUGAGGAAUAAGGAGAAUUUUAGAAUAGACUUAACAACCAUGAAAAAGGGAGGGGUUGUAGAAGUGAUGGACGUUGACUGGGACAAGUUACAUAACCUAGCAACAGAAAGCAGCACCUGCGAGAGGCAUCUUGAAACUGAGGUAAUGGCGGCUGCCAGUAAUGGACACAGGCCCUUAAGAAGAUAUACUCUGUGUACUACUUAAAGAAGACACAUGAGAGGUGCUUUAAUAAGAAAAGGGAGGGAAUGUAUAGCUGAGAGGAAAUAAUGAGGUUUCUGGAACAUUUGGUACAUUUUGAGGCAUGAAGCACAUUGUUAAUUGCGGAAUAUUUCAUGUGAAGAUAGUCAAUUUUCUCUGAUUGGCAGGUAUCUAAUAAGAAAGAACAUGAUGAGCUUUACUCAGAAAUCAUACAAAUAACUCUCAGCGACGGGCUUGGUCCACGUCCUAUUUUAGAAAAGUAAAUAUUCAUGAAGAAAGUUUAAAGAUAGAAGGACUGACAAACUCAUUCAGGUUUAAUUUUCACUGAUUUACUUCCAGCUCGAAAAUUGUAAAAGCUCCCGGACUUAUUCUUCAAACUUCCCAGUAAAAUCUGAUCUGAAGAUUUUUUACAUGGCAGUAAAACAAACUGGGAUUUAUACUGAUGUCUCGAUAUGACCUGCAGAAGCAAACAAAGCCAUGAGAGAGAAGAUUGAAUACGUUUUAAAUUGCAAUAUAAGACGCCCUCCAACUCUGCUAUGCUAGUGAAACAGCCUCUUUAAAGAAAUUCAUGAUGAGUUGCAUGUUGGACAUUUAAGAUAAGAAAGAUGUGAUUAAAUUUGAAGUUUUGAGAAUAAAACUAAAGUCGAAAUGUAGAAUAAAUAAACAUUUAUAUCGAGGAUGAGUUUUAACGGAUGUUAAGUCCAUGUAUCUGUCAUUUAAAAGGACAUUUAACACAAGUUUUAUCAUUGCAUCUGUCUUUUUGGCUUUGACUUCUAUUGGUCUUGAAAUUUAGCACAUUAUAGUAAACUGAGCGGCUGGCUAAGAUAAAGCAUCCCCUCCUCUGUAUCAACGAUGGUAACUAAAGGCAGUGAUUCCUGUUAGAAAUGGAGAAAGAGCUGAACAUAGAUGUGUACCACAGUUAUUGAUAACAUUAUAUUUUAAUGUUGAGGUUUAUAUUAUAUAUGUAUAUUUAUAUAUGACUCAUGCAUGCUCAAUUCAUUUUUAACCAGCAUGUUUCUUGAUUGUUUACUGAUAAGUAGAAAUUUCCUUCCUUGCCUUUUACCUCGCCACAUGGAUUUUAAAAGAAAAAUACAGAUGAGAAACAUGAUGGAAAGGAAAUUUUCACAAUUUGUCCAAGAGUCUGCCCCAUUCACAAACACAACAGUAAAAAGUGCAUUUCCUCUCCAUCCCCAACCCUCAAGUUUGCGCUCCAUGCAGCCUCAGGGUCUUCAGUUUUCCUCCUGUGUUAUUAAGUACCUCUGAUUUUGUCCAGGGCCAUCUAAAAUACCGGAGGAAAUCAGUUUUUCAAAAUAAAAGAUGACAUUUCUUUGAAAAGGAUGUGAUACUAAGGUCAAAGUAAAUAAAUACAAUGAUGUAUUUUAAAGAAUGACAGUACAGCUGAUUUAGUGAACAAAUGAUUCAGCAGAUAUCCAAACAGAUGUAUUAAUGUUCCCUCCUCAGUUGAAGUGAGUCCUCUUUGGAUAUUUUAUGCUUCUUGAACAGGGUCAGGUAGAGUCCAAACAUGAAUCUAAAAUUAACCUGCUUCACUUAAUGACUUUUAAAUGGAAAGGACGGUCUUUUAAACGUGUUUCCCCAGGUAUUUUCAUCCAAAACUGCUCCCAGAUCUUAAAGCUCCAGUCAGGAAUUUUAGGUUUUUGCCAAAUCUGGCGCCCCCUGUGGACAAAUUAGCCUAAGCUUAUCCGGUCCUCUACAUGCUUAAGUUUUGUGACAUGAUAUCUCAUCCUAUUGAGUUAAUAUCAUUCACAGUGAAUAUUUUAUGUUGGGAAUAUAAUAAGUAGAUCGUUUUUUUCAGCUGCUCGGUUAACACCGACCCCCUCGUAUCAGUUUGAGGUAUCAAAAAUUACACUUUAAAAACGGUCAGUCUUGUUCCUGAUGGUCGUGAUUGCUUUUAUAUGUCAUAAAAAGGCAUCAAUAUGAAUUCCAGCCUGUUUCAUAAAUGUCAAAAAAACUCCUCACAUGAGCUUUAACUAUCAUUAAAAAUUAAAAGAUUUCAACGGGCUGACAUCUCCAAGACUUUUGCAGUUUAGCCUUUAAUUGCCACGGGGGGAGAAAUGCAUCUUUAAAGUCAAACAAAUUAAAACUCAGCUUAUUUUCAUUAACAAGUGCCCAGUUUCAAGUGUUUCUCGCAGAGGCUUAAAUAUCACACAAUAAACACGUCGAAUUUCAUCAUGUUUCUUCCCUGUGAACUCGCAUGGAAGCAGCUCUGUGUGGUUUCAAACCCCCUCUGGAGACUUCCCCUCAUUUUCAAAAGUAGGCCAUGAAAAAAGCCCCCGAAUAACCUUUUAAUAUAUUUUAUUACAAGCUGUUUAAUCAACUUAUUAAUUUCACAGGAACAUGGAAUACACCUUGCAUAAUCACCAGGGAAGCCAUUGACACUUAAUUGGUUUUCUAAUCAGAUGCUGUAUUAUCAAGAUAACGCCAACUAAUUACAAAUAGAGCAGCCGUUUUCUCAUCAGUGCUGCUGCAGCUUCGAUUUUUCCAUACAACCAAUCAUGAUUACAAAGAUGAUGAUAUUGUUAUUGAAUGCCUUGGAAAUUUAAUAUGUGUUCUGUGCAUUGUUGUGUGUGCGGCGCGCAGCGGCUCUGCGGGGCUGACAGAUAUUGUCCUCUGUGCUCCUUGUCCUCAGACAAACAGAGCAGCAGUAUUAGCCCUGGAAAAAGCUGCUGGCUGUUCAUUAAUAGAAGAAGAAAUAUUACCCCGAGUGUUUAGCGCUGCCUUUUUCCAUUUGCAUGUGCGUCAAACAAUAUCACUUCCAGUUUGCCCCGGUGGCUCUCCAAGCCUAUGUGGCCUCUGCGAAAGUGACUCUCUCAUUUUCUCCGAGUAAAUUAGCCAAAUAUAGUUGGAAGCGAGUGACAGAGUUAGUUUGGACGACGUUUUUCUACAUCCAGCCUUAACUUUGUUUCUAUUUCUUCUUUCAGAUGAGUUCCAAAACUUCGUCCGAAGGCUCCCCACGUCCUACGCCCUCAACACGUCUGCCAUCCAGUACUUCUGGAAGUCCGAGCCCAGCGUUCACCAGCGCUACAAACAGCUGGAGCUCGGCACGCAGCAGCUCCUGAGCAAAGCGCGGCGCAUCAUCAACAAGCUCUUCACACUCAGCAAGAGGUGUCGGAGUCAGCCCAAAAUUAUCAUGCUGAGAGAGAGGUGAGAAGCUGCCGACCUCCGCGAAGACGAUGAUGAGGGUGAUGUUGGAAGUUGUGAGUCGUUGUGCAUGUGUGAAAAUAAGCAAAAAAACCUCCAGUGCCUGCAGCUACAUCACGAGUCCUUUCAAGCAAGCUGUGAACGGCACUGCUCAUUUAUUUUCUCCAGUGUGCGGCGCUUUGUUAUCCCUCCAACUAGGCAUUAUGCUAAUAAUGCACACAAUAUAUUAGCCCUUUGAUAUUCACAAGAGGUCCCACUGAAGUGAGCUAAAGUGUGGCACCUGAUGACUUGGCUGCACUCCCAGCCUCGGUCCUCUUUGCAUCCAGGAAAUCAAAGCUAUCCUCCUGUGAAAUUAAACUUUGCUGUGUUUCAAAGGAAAAUGCAAAGUUUGGGAGAUUUUCCCGUUGGUUAAGUAGCCUGAGACGAAAUCAUGGACAGAAAGAAAAAGGAAAAAGUUUCUUCAGUAUCAUCAUCUAUUUUUGUGUCUCUCUCUCUCUCUCAAAAAGUUCCCUCUAUUCUCCAGACUCCAAGGUUAUCAAGGAGAGAUGUGAUUAAGUCAGUACAGCUGAUGCAGUAUGGGUUUUAUUUUAGGAGCUAAUUCAGGUGAGAAACUAAAUAUCCAUCCUCUGCAAUGAGAUUUUGAGCUGCAGCUGCAGCCCCCGUUCGCCCACAGGCUUCACUUCCUGCUCAAUCAAAUUUAAUCCCCCUUCAUUCAAACCUUACAUUAUUCUCACACCACCCUUUCACCAAACACCUACACUUUCUUGUCGGACCAUACAUAGACAAAAUGUAGCCCGUUCGCAGCUACAGCUUCUUAUUUUUACCCUCUGAUGUUAAAAAUAGAGGAUAUUUCAGCUUAGAGCAUAAUCGCAGGAAACAGAAGAUAAUUCACAGUUUUAUAAGAUACUUUGAUGAGCAACACUGUGCCGUCGCCUCUUCACAUGCUCAUAUCUACAUACCUGUGCAGGCAGACCAUUGACACAUGUAGUUUCCUUAAAUUCGUGGCUGUGUUUUCAAAUAACCACGACUUAAGUGUCAGUGAGUCAGAGUCAGAUAAAUCGUACACUGUAGUGGACUUUAAACGGAUGAAAAUUGACAACCAGCUGCUUUAUCAGGCUUUCCUCUGCCAGUGCCUGCCCAUAUAGCUCCUUAGUCUCUCUCUCUCCCUCUUAACUCAAGACUGACACGCGGUCCCAAUCCUCCCCACUUGGCAGAGUGUGCUCGGUUUUGCCAUGGGAAGAGAGAAUUUGAUUGGAGCACGCUUGUAAACCUUUUUAUUGUGCAGUACAUUGAGAAGGAAACGUCACUUUAGGCCAAAAAAGCAGCUGAUUGGGCUGACAUCAAGAUAAAAACUGAUAUUAUGUCGUAAUAUUAUUGAUGCUCUAAUUAUACCUUGGAUUCAUACUUCAGAUUUACCCUUUUUUUGCUUGGUUUCUAGUGAUUUUUUCAGCCCCUUCAAAAGUAUAAUGCUGCAUGUUAUUGUUAUUGCCAUCUAAUCUGAGAUUAUACCGUCAUAUUGUUGUGAUUCAAGUAUAAAGCUACAACAUUUGCACCUUUGAAACAUCUUUUUUAUUACAGUAAAAUUUCUUUGGUGGCAUCCAGCAGCAAUCUUAUGGUUCUUAGUAACAACUUAGUGCGAAUAAACAUCACCAGCAUGAUGCAUUCUGGGAUUUACAGUAUACUUGGACGAGUGCUGCUCUGCUGCAGUCCUACCAUAAGUGCAAAUUAAGCACACUGCACAUGUCUUUACAUGACAUCGAAAAACUAGUCAACUUAAUCAAUCAAUUGGUGUUUAUUUAUUCAGUGCUGAUUUACGACAGGUGAUAUUUUAAGAUGCUGUAAAAAAAAAAGGCUGGUCUAGACCAAAAAAAGACCCAAUUUAAAGAUGGGAUAAGAGAGUAAUGGGGCGCUCACAUUAAGAGCGAGUAAAAUCAUCUACUCGCUUAAUUCACGUGAAUGAAUAGUAUUUACACGCUUCAUUGGCGCGUCAAUGGUAAUUUCAACGGCCUGUGUCCAUCAUUUGAUCCCUGCCAAUUCAACCGGCGCAAUCAAGUGAUAGACAAAGGUUUUUAACUAUUUACCAGGUAGUCCAACCUUCUCACUCACUUGCCUCCAGGUGAGUUCCUUUUUAACCCACACACCGACACGACCAGUUUGUCCUCCAUUUUAGAUACCAGGGAACAGCCGUCCAUUUUCAUUCGUUUUCAUGCUGAUUAGUUAUCACGACGUGAAUAUCCACUCAAGUUGAGAUUCCCCCAAUUCACGCUGCCAGAGUCGUAGGAGCGUCUAAUCACGUCUUUGCAUUAAAUUAACAUGUAAUUUAUUUGUGCGAAUGAUUUUACUCACGUUUGAUGUGUGGAGACAGUAAGAACUUCCUUCAACAGGCAGAAACCUUGAGCAGAACCAGACUGAUGUUAGACAGUCAUCUGCAGCUAAAGGUUUACAAGGCACUGGUCUGAGCACCCUACAGUCCUGCUCACAGUGGUUGCAGGUUCAAUUCCCGGCCUCGACUCUUUUUUGCAUGUCUUCCCUUACUCUGAUUACCCGUCUCUGCUUUCACACUGAAACUAUUAAUGCCUCCUCCCCAGUGUGAGACAGUGAUAGAUGGAUUCACUGCCCAUGUUAAGUUUGUUGUCUCCAAGUAGAGAGAGGAGGUCUAACAGUAUCUAAUAACUCUGAUAAUGUGGAGUAAAUGAAAUGACUUUUGACAGGAGCUUUCUUUAAUGAAAGGAAAUUAACACAUCCUGAUACAACCACGGUUUCUUAACUGUAUUUUGACGUCGAUGUCAGGAAGGUUUAACUGAAAUUACGCCGCAGUUUCAGUGAAUGAAUCCAGAGAGGGGGGAUGCAGAGGAUGGAGCUGCAGGGCUUCAGGCGCAUGCUGCAUCAAUAAAACACAUCCAAUAAUGACUUUAUUUAUUUUUUAAAGAUGAUACUUUAUAUAAUCAGAUACUUAAAAAUAUACAUGUCCUCCACCUACUUUAAAUUCUCAUCCCUUGCAGCCACACACUAAAGCAUAUUCUGCUCUGUCCUCUGUGAAACACUAACAUUUACCAAAUUAACAUUGCUUUAAAUUGGAGAAGAAUGAGUUUUAGAGCAUGCUCUCAUUAGGAAAGUGUUUACUGAGGUUAAAAUUAAAUAAAAAGCACGAUCAGUAUCUCCACCUCUCCCUGCAAGACAAAAGAGGAAAUAGUUUUUCUUUUUCACCUUCCACACGGACAUAGAGGCUCUAUUCACCUCCUUCAUUCACCGAAUGGAUUUAGCCCAGGAAAGAGGUUUUUCUCAAGCAAUUCAUAUUUCAAGGUGUUCCUCUUUACAGACAGAAACUAGGGGAGGGAUUCUGAUCACUUCAGACUGACCACUGCUGCAGAGGAACUUGGUAUGAAAUUCAAUAUGAGGAAAAAGGACGGAAAACCUGCAGCCCUCUUUAUCAGAAACACACAGAGCGUGAGGCUGUAGCCGGGCACAGUGAGAGAUACAGAGAUGGGGAGGAACACAAAUGAAAAGAUACCUCACAAAGUUACUCUUCCCGGCACCACAACACAAAGAAGCCAACACCCUGAUAUCUUUAGUGGCUUUACCUUUCUGUUUACUGCAGGUCCUCAGUGCUGGUUUUUCAGACUGAACAGCUCACAGAGGCUUUCUUCUGGUGCAGUAUGACAGAAUAAGCCGUUAAAAAAAGUUAUGAAGUUAAUCUGGAGUAACAUCUUUAAUAAAGGACUGUGAUUAAGUUGGUUCAUGAGUAAAUGUUCAGACUAAUAACGGUUUCAGAUCCACAUGCUUUUGAAAACAACUAUGGGUUAGGUUAGUGGGCGGGGCUUCUUAACGACAAAGAGUUGAAUUUAGGGCUGCAUGAUUAAUCGAUUUUUAAUCGUAAUCAGAUUAUUUUAUCAUGACAAUGUUAAUAAAACUAAAAACGUCAAAUCCAUUUUCCUCUUUCACGUCUUGCACCCCCAGGCCACCAGAAGCUCCCCAGUACUCCCAGUUCCCACACACACCAGUGUAAACAAACAUGCCGUUUGCAAAAGCAGGCGAUAAUUUCGUGGCUAAAUAGGACAAGAGCAAGUCAGUCGUUCGGAAUUGGUACGACUUCGCAGUUUUGGAUGAAGAGUAAACCACUCCCCGCUGCAAAGUCUGUCUGAGGUGGUAUCAACCUGAAUUUAGGAGUAAACACAAACGUUUUUUGUCGUUAUCGGCUUUUCAUCCACACAGAAGCGGCAUUUCGGGUGACUGUAAACGGUACUUUUUAAAAACUGUCAGAGAGUGCAUAAAUCCUUAAACGACUACCAUUUCAUCUCCGUGUGGAUGCCUAUCUGCAUCUCUCAAAACUAUUAUAGUGUAACUCUUUUAUGGCGGCCAAAACAACCUUUAUACGCAUGCUCUGUACUCUUCUUCUGUCUUUUGUGCAUUUCCUCGGCAGCGUUACAGCGCCACAUACUGGCUCGGCAUAUGCACGGCAUCGUUUUCAAUGGUCUCAUUCUGAGAGAUGAUGGACAGACGUUUCCUUUUUUUCAAGUGAAGUUUGGUGAAGUUGUUACUGUAUAAAAAAAAUUGAAAUCAUUAUCGAAAAUCAAGUUUUCAGAGAAAAAAAUCCAGAUUUUUAUUUUUGGCCAAAAUCGUGCAGCCCUAGUUGAACUAAGGUAGCGCAGAACGAAAAAUGAGCUGCAUACUGCUUCUUUGUUAUUUAGAAGAUGUUGCACUGCAGCCAUUAAAAACAGGAUACACUGAAGGGUCUGCAGAGCAUGUUGAGAGCUGUAGGUUAUCAAACCUGAAGGAAGCGGAAGGAAGCAUUAACAGACUGCUGUCAAGCUAUCUGAUAGAAACCCUGUAAGAAUGUUUAAAAUAAUGAUGAUGAGGGAAUAAACUUGUGUGUAUACUGAAGUAGAUCCAAUUAUUUUCCUUCUUACCUACGUUGACUUUGUUUACGGUGAGCUAUAGUAUGGUGCAUCAUGGCCACAGCAUUCACAAACCUACAGCUGAAUACCAACAUCAUCCACCAUCAGUCCUGUGGGGAUUCUGCACACUCUGCAUUCCACUUGCAGAAUGAAAACGCACUCCCAGCUCAGGAUGUGUCAUAUCGCCCAGCUAUCCGAGUUCAGCAGCAUCUCUGCAGACAUGCACAACACACUUCAAAACAGUCUGACAUCAGAUCCUACUUAGGGGCUUGUUAUGCAGUCAGAUGAACUGCGUUUUACCUCAUUUACAUCAGUGAAGCCUCUUCAAAAACCCACUCGAAUGAAAAAAUGAUGUAUUUUACAAAACGCUCAGUAACUUUACAAGGUUUUAGGACUAAAAGAUGAUGGAGUGUGGAGACAAACCUUAUAAUUUGUCUAUAUACAAGGCGCAUCUUCAAGGGGAAGCAUUAUAUGACUAAAUGCAAAAUUUAGUAUCUGGCUGGAUGGUAUCUGGGGCAAAUAUAGCAAAGGCUGAAAAUACUGAAAUGAGGUAGAGUGGGAGUGAUGAAAGCACUCGCUUAAACUGGAUAUUUUGGAUCCUGCUGUGAUAUAACCCGGUGCUCUCAAAACAUCUGAGGAGGAAGUCUGUCACUCCAUUUCAGAGGUGACAGCCAAAAAAUCAGAAUAAAGGAUGCAGUUACCGCCGGAUACCGUUUGUGUAUUUCAAAUCGCCACAAACAGAUAUUAGAGAGUUUGAAGUUAAACUUAUAGCUCCUGAGGAAAUAAGCACAAUUUUCUGGUUUUACACUUAAAAAUAUGAUGAUUUCCUACAUUCUUGUAUGUUUAUAUAUCUUCACGUAAUGACCUAGUUCAUGGAAGAUUUGUUUUUCCAUUUGUAUAAAAGAAAUAUGCGUGCAUCUGUGCAGCCAUUAUUCAUGUACCGGAGCAUCAUGGUCUUUGUCAGAUAAAGAGAAAGCAAACAGAAAAAUAUAUGCUUUGUGACUUUACACCCCAAACCCAUUUUAGAGUUUCCAUUGUAACUUUUUAGUACACUCUUUGAAGGCGUGUUUAUUCGUUCUUUCAACCCAGCUGUCUGAGAAUAUGAAAUGUCAGAAUAACAGGAAUGGAGCGGAGCAACACGACUGAUAUGUUGGGUUUCUUUUUUUUUUGACGGCUCACAAAGUAAAUAUAUAUUUGAUGCCUUUAAUGGAAAGGAUGUAACGCAAACAAGUUUUUCGCUCGGAGGAAGAAAGUUUUCCUCACUCGUGAAAUGAAAUGUGUGUCAGAAGGAGGAAGUUUGUGGGUGGUGUUGAUCUGUGUGAAAUGAACUGACAGACAGCGAACAGAUUGCAGAGUGAACACCAGGCUUCUCUUUGGCCUGUGCCGCACACUGUGUCCCUGUGACAGUUUACAUGUCCUGCUGACAAAAUGUGCUUUAUGAUGGCGGGACGGCUUCCUCUGUCUGACUGUGCACAGCCUCCGCUCUGGAGGUGAGAUAUGCACGGCCGACUCUUACUGAUGACUUUCAGAGUGAGGCUGUUCAGUCUGUUAACACAUUCGAUCGACUGUGUUUUCACGAAAUGUCACCAGAUUUAAACCCGGUGAUGUUUUUUUAAUCCCUAUCACACUCUUCUCCACACAAUUAGAUCUGUAAACACACCACGAUGUCAGCUUAUUGCAUUAGAGUCCCUCGCGUGUUCGAAGUAUUUUAAAAUGUCAGACCCACAGGCAAAGAGUUUUUCAUGCCCAAAAUUAACACUCUUCACUAGAGAUUCUUUGUGUUUCUUUCAGUUUUUUAUUGAGUGUUUUUUCCUUCCUAUCAGUGACCCCAGUUAGAUUACAUCCAUCCUUUUCAUUAUCAAGUAGAGGCUGAACCGAGACGAAGUAAACAUGGCCUCCUGCUUUCUCUGGGGUCUUGAACUCUAGUCACAGGGGGGAAAAGUCCUUGCAUUUGUCCAGACCUUCAAACUAAACAAACUUUGGUUCCCCUCCAAAUAGAACAUCACAGCCAGCUUCUCAUUGGCUAUCUACAAAUUGGAAAAAUCACGUUUAUAGGAAACAGUGUCUCAAAACUUUGAAGUGUAGAUUGCAUGAAAAACUAUAGGGAGACAUGGUUGCACUUAUUAAGUUAGCGUAAAUCGUCACCUGUGGCUUGGUGGUUCGAUUUCAAAGAUGGUCAUAAACUGAGGUGUCCUUGGACAAGACACUUGACCCCGCCUGCUCCUUGUGACUGUGCCCGGUUGUUCUCAAAUCUACUUCGUAUUGGAUAAAAGCGUCAGAUAAAUGACAUUGUAAAAGAGGAAGAGAAGGGGAUCAAGUACUGAACCUUGAGGCACCUCUUUAAUGUUCUGUUAUGGGGCGUUCACAACAAGCGCGAGUAAAUUCAUCUACUCGCUUAAUUUGUUUAAAUCUAGACGCGUGGAUGGAAACUAUUUACUCGCUUCGCUCAUGUGAAUGAUUCACGUGUCAACAGAGUGAAUCACAGAGUGCUUAAAAGUCAUGGACAGCCAACUAUGCUAAUUUCAACAGUGAUCCUUGCCAAUUCAACCGGCGGGAUCAACGGAUAAACAACGUUUUUUCACAAUUUACCAGAUAAUCCGACCUCCCCUCUCACUUUCCUCCAAGUUCGCAAAUAGCUUGCACAGCUCACGUGAUUCAUGCCACCCAAUUCGUGUCAUUUGCGCCGCCAGAGUAAUACAAGUGUCUAAUCGCGUCUUUGUAUUGCAUUGACUUAACAUGUAAUUCGUCUGUGCGAAUGAUUUUACUCGUGCUUGUUGUGAACGCCCCAUUGAGGUGCGAAAGGAGGGACAGAGAUGAGCAAUGACAAGAGGAGGAAAUCGUGACUGUUGAGGAGGUACAAAGAGCGACUAUUUCCAGAUUUACUCUGACAAAAAAUCCACUAAGUCGUGAAAGAUGACUUCUGGAUAAAUUUGUCGCCUUUGCUUGAAUAGAUGUCACUUCUCUCCAAUCCUGUAGACCCAAAUUAGUAGGAUUUAAUCACAUUAAAUCCUACUAAUUAGCACACAUAUAUUCAACAUUCACUGUGGUGUUCCAUCGAAUGUUUGACAAGGGAAAACAGCAACUAACACUGGCAAUGUGUAAAAAAAUGGGGACCGACUCCACAGACAAAAUAUUCAUUUCCAAACAUGACGAUACGCUCCAUAUAUUUGCUCUGGAUGUGUUUUGUAGGGUUGUGGGAAGAAUCGCGGCUUACUCAGUGACUUUGAUCUAAUAUUAAUUACAGAAGUUAAAUCCUCCAGUGUCGCACAUACAUGCUGUGCGGCCUACUUAUUAUUUAGUCAAACAACUGUUUGGACAAAUGUUAUUUUUCCUUCAGAAAUGGGCCUUUGAAUGUUAAUUACUUAUACAUGCACAUUGUUCCAUAUGAAUUAGUUGAGCAGAUGCACAUGGUCACAAAAACAAAGCAGAUACCUCCGCUGGAGAACAAAAGCGGAUUCGGAAGCGACAGAUGUAAAAUGAUUGACAAGAUUUUAUUCUGGCCGUGUUGUCCAUCUGCUCCUUUAUCACAAACAACUCUAGGAAUUCUGAUUCUACCGUUACAGCUUCCAUGUUUAAUAGUCACUGUGAAACCCUACAUUGUUACACUAGACUGAUUCAUGCUGCAGGUGUAAUCUUACCUGUGAGUGCACAGAUGAUCCAUGUGGCUGCUUCCUUUACACAUGGUAAUUAGCGAAAGCAGUAUUUGAUUAUAUGGUAGCAUCCAACCUUGAUCAAAACAAGGUUGGUAACAAUAAUCCUACGUGCAAAAAAAAGCACAGUACCUAACUCUGUUAUUUUGUACCUGCUCCCUGAAGAGAUCUUGUCCAAAUACUGAUAUAACCCAGUUGUACUGACCCAUCCUUUGUGGUCAGGAAUAUGACCUGUAAGAGGCUGUCCAGCACCUUUGGGUCCGGGGAUGACCUCAAGCAACCACCAGUGAGGACUGCCAAGUGCCAGAGGGAGAGAGCAGAGAGUUAAGAAUAAAGACAAAAACAGGAGUUAAUAAAAUAAAAGAGACAAGCAAAAAUAACUUAACCAAACCCUGUCCUCGGCCAACCUGCCCUGGAUUCACCCCAGGAGCUCUUUGUCCUUUCUGCCAAGACAGAGAUUGUUUUUUUCUCUCUUUUUUCUGUCUUUGUCUCCCCCUUUUUCCUUUAUUCCCCUCCACGCCUUUAAAACCACUCACCCACACAAGCACUCAUACAUGCUGCACACUACAAUAAGAUAAUAUAAUCCUAACAUUAUGCCCUGUCUCCUUUUUUCUCUCCUUUUAUUCUCCUCUCUGUGUUCUUGAUGCUGUUGUGUCUGCUGGCUUUUUACUUGUGUUGUCUCUCUCUCUCUCUCCUCUCGUCCGGCUGUGUUCUGACUGUCUUCAAAAAGAACAAUGUGUUCUUGUGUUUUUACUGCUGUUUAAGACCCUUUAGGGCAAACAGACAGAUUUUUGCUCCGCUUUUACUCAUAUUACUGUGAGUGUCCUACAGUACUGUAGGUGGAGCUCAGGCUGUGAUGCAGCAUUUAUGUAAAACAUGAACAGAACUGCAUCUGAUGGUGCUGCACGAUAUUUCAAAGCUGUGUUUUGUGGUUGUGAUUCAAUAGAAAUCAUGAGUCUACUCCCUUUUUCAGUAUAGAACACAUAAGAUUGUUGGCACUGUUAAAUAUAUAUAGUGCAAUUUAAAACAUAAAAAUUAAAGCUACAAUAAGGAGUUUUUUUACUUCAAUGUAACAAACACAAAUUCAUCUUAAUCCCUUGUUAUGAUAAUCAAAAGCAAAAAAAAAAAUCAAUAAUGAGAUUUAUGAUUAUAUUUUAAUUCUCAAUGCCUGACUGACAUGUGAGGGGGUAGGUUUUUGCCAAUCAGAUACAACCCUCUGUUUUCACCUUGAAAAAUCCAUAUUAUAUCAAACAUUUGACUGUCAACAGUCAGCAAGAUGAUGUUUUUACCGUAAGAUAAUAUCUUAACGUGAAGAGAACAUGAUAAAGAAAAGACUGCUUUGUCAACAGGGGGCGCCAAAUUGUGCCGCAUUGAUGCAAACUAUACAAAAUAAAUGAAUGGAUUUUAUUUAAAAUGGAUAAACCAUUGCCAUUGAUUCUUGUCAGUUUGAUGUUGACGCACAAAAAUGGGGAUUUGUAUCUUUAUGAUGGUCAGCUGACAAAUACCUAUUUUCUUCUUGUUACCUGGGUAACCAGUCCCACCCUAUCUAGUGUAUAAUUGGUUGGCUAGAGUAGCAUCAGCAGCACCUUUUCUAACAGUGCAGUCUCGUGGCCAGAACAGCUAAUAAGACACUGAAAAGGAGUUUUGUGUUCUCACACACUGCACUCUCUCCUCUUAGGUUAGACCCAACAAAAAAGGCUGAGCGGACUUUCAAAGCAUUCAGGCUAAAUAAGGUUUGCUUGCUGACAGUUAGGGGGCUAGCCAACACAUCACCUUACAAUUUCCCUGCUGCAUGCAUGUUCACAGACCUAAUACAAAGGACUGAUAGGGGCUGACAUGUAGAAAUUAUCACUAUUGUACACAUUAGGACUGGAAACAUGUUCAAACCAGACAUCAAGACCCCUGGGACUUUGUCACUUUGCUCUUCUGUUGUUUUAUUUGACUUUGACGUUUUAUAUUUUUGCCUCUCGUUCAGCAUUAAAUGCUUAUUAUGCUUCUGUCCACUGGCACAAACAUGCUGCACACACUGUCAGAGCAGCUGAUGGGUGUAACCGAGCAGACUCCAAACAAUCAGAGGAGCGGUUCGAACUAUUACAGACACAUGCACAUUUAUUUAAAUCUCAAAUCACAGCCCUGUGUGCCAGUUUAUAAUUGCACAUUCUCAUGAUGGGAUUGUGAUUUUGAUCACAGUUGUAACUGAGAUUUAAACACGUGGCACUAUUCUCUGAUUUCCUGGACUGUAAAAACAAAAUACUGACAACAAAAAUACAAACAAAGAUAUGAGGCUCCUGGUUUGGUAAAGAUUAGAUAAAGUGCCCCUGUUGGAUCUGAUCCAUCCAAGAUUAAGCUUAAUCCCAGUUAAAGGGCCUUUUAUAUGGUCUAUCCUGAUAGUGGUCUAUCCUAUCUGACAAGGGGAUUCAGCGCCCUCCACCCUGUCUCUUAUACAUAAAUUUAUCCCCAAGAGGUGCUCUCUUAGAUGAUACUAACCACCGUAGAUAGAUCACCUUUUUUGUCAGUAAUAAUAAGAGGUUUUUCAAACGCCUUGCCAAAGACUACAGGAUCACUAAAACUAGGUUCAGUCUCUGAAAUAAGUCUUUCUGUCAGAGCGGAUGUGUAGUUUCCGUUCAAGCCGACAGAUCUGAACAUUAAAGCUCGGUUGAAAUCUGCUUGUUAGUGUCUGUGCUGUGUGUUUAAUUGACUGUCUUACCUUACUGUGGAUAAUCCUCAGUCGCUUUUUCUCCAUCGCUCACUUUACAUCCUUAAAAAAUCCGUCUCCUCCACCUCUCUUUUUCUUUUUUCCCAUUUUUUUUGUGCACCAUUGUGUCUAUUCUCCGUAACACGUAGAGGGCAGGGUUCAAAUUUCUGGACUUACAGGGCGCGCCGGGCUGAACCGUUUGAAGUGGUAUUGUUUGAGGGGAGGUAAAGAUGUUUUUUGACUACUCUGUCAAGAUAAAUCAAGAAAAGAGAUGAAAACAAGCUUUAUAUGUGACUCAUAUGUGGUUAUAGGGUCUAGUUCUUGCCCGCUUUUCUGACCCAGGACCCGGGGAAACUGACCCUCCCGUCGGCGGGCCUGCUCAUAGUAAAGCUCAGUCAAGCGUACACUCUUUUGUAUUAUAACAUGUACUGCUGGAUUCUUGAAUUGUACUCUGUGUUUAUGUAUAAAGAUAUAUACAGUGAGUCUUACAUGCUGCUCUGUUUGUGUUGCAGACCCUUCAGCUACUGGCUGCACUACAUCCUCUCCAUCAUGUACUGCAGUGAGAACAACCACAUCGGCUCCUACCUGGAGGAGACACGUAGCUGCUCCUGCCCCUACGAGCACCCUCCCUGCCAGGGUAUCAUCCCCUGCACAGUUGGCGAGGGCACCUCCUGCGCCUCCUGCUCCUACGAGAACCGCUCCCGCUGCGCCACCUGCAACCAGGGCCACAUGCUGAGCCAGGGCGUGUGCCGCAACGAGGUGCCCGACUCCACCGACCACUACAUCGGCUUCGAGACCGACCUGCAGGACAUGGAGCUGCGCUACCUCCUGCAGAAGCGGGACAACCGCAUCAGCAUCCACGGGAUCUUUGUCAGCAAUGACGUCCGGCUGAAUAACUGGUUCGACCCAUCGUGGAGGAAGAGGAUGUUGCUGACGCUGAAGAGUAAUAAAUACAAGUCGAAUCACGUGCACAUGCUUCUGGGGAUGUCUCUACAGAUCUGCCUUACCAAGAACAGCACUUUGGAUCCCAUGCUGUCUGUCUAUAUCAACCCGUUUGGGGGCAGCCACUCAGAGAGCUGGAUCAUGCCAAUUGACCAGAAUAACUACCCAGACUGGGAGAGGACUAAAUUAGACUUUCCCUAUGACUGCUAUAACUGGACUUUGACUUUGGGAAACAAGUGGAAAACUUUUUUUGAGACAGUCCACUUUUACCUGCGGAGUCGGAUCCGGGGGCCUGCGACUAACGGGAAUGGAACUGUAUAUUAUGAACCUUUGGAGUACCUGGAACCGGGGCAGAAUCUGGGCUACAUGAAGAUCAACAGCAUCCAGGUGUAUGGCUACAGCAUGCACUUUGACCCAGAGGCGAUCCAGGACUUGAUUUUACAGCUAGACUACCCGUACACUCAGGGAUCGCAGGACUCGGCCCUGCUGCAGCUGCUGGAAAUCCGGGAUCGGGUCAACAGGCUCUCCCCGCCCGGAGCGCAGCCUCUGGACCUCUUCUCCUGUCUGCUGCGGCACCGGCUCAAACUUUCCACCACGGACGUUGCCAGGAUCCAGGCAGCGCUGCAGACUUUCAGUGCCAAGCAGCCCAACUCCAUGGAAUACGAAACAACCAAAUUAUGUAGCUAAUAAGUGGGCAGGCGGCCAGUUGCACAGAUGGCGGGGCAGUUAUCACACAGGCCUGAUGAUGGUUAAGAGCAAUUCUGGAUCCAUGCAGGGGACAUUUGGGGGACAUUUUCAUUGUCGUCAUGGAUCUCUAGAGUGCAUUUGAGAUCCUCAUGUCAGAUUUUCGUAUAAAUUUGUACAACAUUGUAGAAUUAAGGAGGAUUUCACCAAACUUGCCUCAUUAGCUUCUUUUUUUCCUCUCUCUCUCUCCUGGUGAAGAUAAUAACUCUGACAGUUAUAACGCUAUAAAUCGAAAACUCUAUCACCACUGAUAUGUUGCCAGUGUGCUGACAUUUGUAGGUUGCACAAAACUGAAUCCCUCACAUACGUAAAUAAGAGCUUUUUUCUGAUGAAGUAUUACCUAAGCAAUGUAAUCAUCUGGCAAGUAUAACAUUUCAACACCAGCAUGUUUGUUUUGUUUGUAUUUUAACCAUCACAUUUAUUUUCCUGGUGCAAAAUAUUCACACGCUCACUAUCGUGCAUUUCCCUUCAAGCCUGAAACACACACCUGCUUUCCAUUCGACAAUAAACUCACCUGUUUUUAAACUCUACUACACACUUUUGUAGGAAAUUACUUGAAAACGUUGAAAUUUAAAAAAAAGGAUAAAUAGAUGCUGUAAUUCUGCAGAUUUGCCGAUAAAAAAUGACACUAAAUCACAAUCUAUGUUACAUGUGCUUUUAUUUUUAUAAUGCUGUUGUUUGUGAAACAAAAAGUUACAAAAAUAAAAUGUAUAAUACAAUUUGUUAAUACACUAAAUAAAAUACAUUUUUAUGUGUGGUCUAUAGAUGGUGUGAUUUGCUUUAAUUUGCUAUGACGUGUCUUUUUGGUUUAAAGAUAGGUCAGUUAGUCUGAGUCAGCGCCGGAAGUGAAGGAUUACACAGCCCAGGUAUUUAAAGGUUAAUCCCAUUCAGUAAUUCUAAGAUUAAAAUUACUGCACAUGUAAGCACAUGAUGACAGGAUGAGUUUAGAUACAAAGAUGCAUGUUUUUUUGUACUGAUGAAAACAACUAUCAGAGUCAUUCAUCACGUUAAAAUAGACUCAAAUGCUCUCAUGCUCACCCCUGUAUCAGUUAGACGACGGUGGCCAUUGUGGAAAAGAAGCUCCAGCGAUGAAUAAUGGGUUUUUAUCAUCAGAUACAAGUUCUGUAGCUUAUAACGGUCACUCUUCUUCUUCCUCUUUUUCCUCUUCUUUUCCCUCCAACUGAUGCAUUUCUGGCGGCCACUCACAGCUCUUUGGCCAAACAACAUAGAUGCCAUAUAUCUCUAAGUGUGCUCUCAUGGUGUAGGUAAAUAUUUUAUCUACAAUGAUCCUAAAGGACAAGAAAAUUAAUUUUAUCCUUUUUGAAUAUUUAACUGUUAUAAGCUUUGUAUAUCUUGUAAAAGAAUAUUGAAUAUUACUUUAAAGCUUCUGUAAGUAGUUUUUGAUAGGCUAUGAAACAGACUGGGAUAUACCAGGAUGUGUCUCUGUGAUAUACAGAGGCAAUUUAAAAACAAAGGCACUUCCUAUUUUGAAUUCUGAAAGCAUGUAACUGCUGUUAAAGGGGAAGUGCGGUGAAGAAAAGGCCUUGGUAACUUCUAAGUGAUACAUGUCACAGCAGAAAGAUAACAGGAGGAGGUAUUUUUGGUUAAUUAACACCACCUCCUCAGGGGUGAGACUGAUCACUAAUGAUAUAAGGGUUACUGCUUUGUCCACAGGGGGCACCAAAGUCAACAGAAAGUUCUUCAUUGGAGCCGGAAGCAA